GGGGAAGCUGUGCCUUUAAAGGGAUGGCGCGGCGGGGGCCCAAGAACAGCCCUGCCAAGGAGCCCCGCGCAAAAUGGCUCUGCCGGUGGCUGCUCCUCGGAGGAGAGGCAGCAUGCCGGAGGCUGAGGAGGUAAGCGGAGCUCCGGGAGAAAAGUAUGGGCAGGAAAGGGAAGAUGACUUCUCUCUGUCCUGGACUUUCUCAUCCCCUUCAGUACAAGAAAGAGGCCCGUCUGAGAGGGGGUUAAAAUGAAAUGGGGGGAGGCAGCAGGGAGACCCCACGCUUGGGCUUUAUUGCCAGGACACUUGGGAGCGCUGUUUUAAAGAAGCCAAGGGCUAUUGAUUGAUUUGCUUUCUCGUCCGCCCAGGAGCUGAAGGGGCCACGCAAGGCUUUCCUGCUCCCCGGCGUCCCUCCCAGGGAGCUUUGCCGGCUGCCUCGGGGGAGAGACGCUGGGGGGCAUCGGGGGUGGGGCUCCCGAGCUGCCGCGCCCCACUGCCGGGAAGGCGGGAAGGAGGAUUCGGACGCCCAGGGGCUGGACAGGGGGAGCCACCUUAGCCAUCGCUUCAGUCAAUAAAACGGGGCAACAAAGGAAACACUUGUCUCCAGCCGAGUUCUUCUGCAUUUCUUGUGAUGUUGAAGUAAUAAAACUCUUCCCCUCCCCGCCCGAUGAAAGAGUCCUGUUAUGCAAACUACUUAAUUUUAGCUAAUCAAACAAAGUGAGGCCUACAAAAUGGUCGCAUUGCAUAGAAGGCAGCUCCCUAGUUAGGCAUUUGCUGCCAUUGGGACAGGCUGUGGUAGCCCUUAGACACCCAAUGGCCUUGCUCCUGCGUUGAAGGGGGUGCCAGGCGUGGCCCCCUGCUUAACUUUCCUGCUGGAGGGUCUUGAUUCACUGCCCCCAAUGCACCUAGGCUUGAAGUUGGGCAACUGAGAAAAUGAGGGGCCGGGUGUAGCUAGGGCAUUUGUCAGUGCUGCCGAAUGCCCCUUAUGCAGUGGUACCUCUGGUUACGAACGCUUCAGGUUACGAGCUCCACUAACCCGGAGGUAGCUGCUCCUGGUUGCAAACUUUGCCCCAGGAUGUGAAUGGAAUUUGUGCGCCGGAGGCCCCAUUAGCGAAAGCGUGCCUCAGGAUAAGAACGGUUUCAGCUUAAGAACGGACCUCCAGAACAAAUUAAGUUCGUAACUAGAGGUACCACUGUAUUAGGCUUAUAUUUGGGGCUUUUUUCAGAUGGAACUCAGGUCUGGCACCUCUCAGGUGGGUGCCAUUGCAACUAUUUUUCUAGAAAAAUAGCCCUGGCUAUAUUUUGCCUUUUGGCUACAAGAGCCCACACAAUAGCUUAUCAUGCAAGAAAAUACAGAACUGAGGGGUUACAAGAACUGGGGCAACAGGAAACCUGUUUGUAGCAGCGGGGUUCAAAAAGUAAAGCACUAAAUAGCCCUCUUCACGGUUUGCUUGAGGGCUAGAAGAGAGGGGGGCCACCGGGGCUGUCCCUAAGAAGGCCUUGUCCCAUCACACGUCAACUAACUUCAUUCUCCUGCUCUGAGGUGCACUUUAGUUGGUUGGUCUUCCUGGGAAAGGCGCAGUGUCUGGCCAGCAGCUCACAGGGGCAGAAGGGCAAAACGAGGAGGGCAGGGGAAGGUGGCCCAAGCUCUGCACUGGAAUGAAGUGCCCACCAUGCAGCUAUGGAAGAUGGGGGAGCAUCCAGAGUGUGUCUACCUAACAAACUCAUAGGGAAGCCUAUUUGACUGCCCACCAAGAAUCUUGGGCGCUGUUUGGUUGAGGGGCUGAGAACGUUGUAUGGAUUUGUUUAUUUAUUAACCUGAUCUUCCUCCCAAAGGAGCCCAGGGCAGCAAAUCACAAGUGAUGAAACAGAACUCCAUUUCUCAGAGUUUGCUAGGAGGGGAGGGUGCCCACUAACUUCUCGCUCCAAGAUGUGUGUGUCAUGUGUGUCUGUCUCCUGUGACCUCCCAGGGGUUGGAUUCCAAGUCCCUCCAUUCCCAACUUCUUGCCAGGUCUGAUGAGACCUGAAGCUCAACAGCACCUGGGGGGCUGCAGGUUCUCAGACCCAGAUUUAAUCCAAGCUGAACACACCAUGCAUUUAAAGCACAUCAAAAGUGCAUAUUCCCCCUUCCAAGAAUCUUGGGAACUGUAGUUUAUCCUUCACAGUGCUAAAAUUCCCAGUGUCCUUAACAAGGCACACCUCUUAGGAUUAUUUGUCAAGAGUCGUGGGCUUUGAAAGUAUGCUGUGUGUGGAACCUGAGUGUCCAGGCUGCAUUUGGUGCCUUGGUGCCUUUGCUUUCCUAUGUCCUAAGUCCUUCCUUUGGGUUUGUUUCCCUGGUUCGACUUUGCAACUGCUCCGCUCACAAUCAACUCCAGGGAAGUUGCUGUUAUGUUGAGGGUCACUGCAUUGCUCUGUGAUACUGGAUUCGAGAGCGAGGCUUGAGCAGGUCAAAAAGGCUGGUGUCACGAUUGAUUGGGAACGUGCAGAGUGAUACUUUGUAAAAUUUCUGCUGAGAUGCAUUUCCUCCUCUAAGGUACAGGCUUCUCAGCCCUUCAGAUGCACCGUUGUCUUUUUGACAGGUAGUCUCUUGACAACAUUGUCCUGGGGUUAAAAUGAGUGCAGCACUUUUGGAACCAGGAGAGCAUGCAAACUACGGCAAGUCCCGUCCCUUGCCCCCCCCAAACUAUCUGUUAAGUUGAGAAUCAGCAAUGGGCUGCCAACUCAGCACACAUUUAACCCACAAGGUAAUGCUGGAAUCCGGCAGUUCAGUAUCCUACCGUCCUGGUGUUGGAACCAGAAUCUAGGUCCUAGAUGAACUUUGGUCUUGGCUGCAAACACGACAUCUGACCCCCCCAAGCAUUUGGACUGAUGCAGGGGUAAGUUAAAGUUGCAGAUGUUCUGUGCAAUUGCUCUGGGGACAGUGUAGAUUUUGGCUAAGUUUGAAUUGAGCUUGAAUUGAGUUGCAGCUGAGAAAGGUUUAAUGGGAUGAUUUAGUCACGAAAUGCAAAAGUGGAUCUGUUUUGUUGUCCUGCUAUUUCUCUAAGAUGUAGGAUAAAUAAACAGACAAAUGUCAGCUUUCUCAACUUGCCUCGAUGCUUGGGCUGGGAUUUAUGAUGGUUUCCCCUACCUGCAAUUGGACUAGGAUGCAUGUGCUUGUUUUCUGCCAGGACUCGGGGACAUCUGUUCUCUUCUACUUGAUGGGAGAUGUUAAGCCCCUCCUCAGCUCCACGUCAGUAAACUACCAUUGCAGGGCCUGGGACCUCUUGGUGAUGGAGGGUCUCUUGGAGGGGGGUGGGCGCUUCUCUUCAUGACCAGACCUUUGAUACAGGGUUGGCAUGUGAUGGUUGGUCCAGUAUUGUCCAGUAAUAAAAGUAAUUGCAGCAUCAGUUUCUUAGAACUGUAUAGUGUGCUGAUUACAAAGAGCAUCUUGCACAAUGCCCAGAGUGCAGCACCUCCAAAAGCUUUGUUGAUAAAUCUGUAUUUAUGAGCAAGACUUGAGGGUUAAUUCUGAAUCAGUUAAGCCAAGCAAAAUUUCCAGUUGUGGGGCAGGGAAAGGGGGCAUCACUCUCCUGCCUUUUAUUCACCAGUAGUUUUGAUUUAAUUCUUUAUAAGAGGGAUGGGAACCCCCUUUUUCUGUUGAGGGCCACGUUCCCAAAGGUGGAAUCUGCCAGAGGCCUCGUGCCAACUGGGUGCACAGCUGAAGCCCAUGGUAGGCAGGGCUGGAUACAAAGUGGGGAGCGCAACCUCCUCUCUCUCUCCGGCUUCCUCUCUGCCCAGCCAGAUGCAGCAGAUCACAGGUCACGCUUGACAGAGGAGGCACUUAUUAGUUUGGGGGUCACACGUGGCCUCAAGGCCAACCUUUCUAGUUUUAAUCUGCUGUUUUACUUUGUUAUGUUCCACUGCUGAAUUAGCUGUUGAAUUAUAACAAAAGGCAGCUGUUCUUAUUUUAUUUUUUUAGUCCAGCUGUUUUUAUUAUUGUACACUGAUUUAUGCUUUAAACAAAAUAUUGAUUUGAUUCUUAUUUACUGUGUGUUUGCUAUUUUUUAACUGUGUCGUCUGCCACUUUGGAAAGUGGUUGUACAGAAAUGGAAGGUACAAAUUUUGGAAAGAAAUUUUGCUUCCUCUCCUUCUCAAAUCUGGUUUGCAGAACCAGAUUAAAUUAUGUAUAAGCAGCAACUGCAUACAGAUAUACGGUACUUGGCUUGCAUUAUAGAUACAGAUUGCAGAAAUAGUGUGGGGUUUUUUUAUUUUUUUUUUAAGUGUGUACAAAGUCCUGGUUAUAACUCCAGUGAUGUAUACUAUUAUACCAUUUGCGCACGCAGGUGAUGUCCUAUGCGCUGUAACCUCAGAACUUAGAAAUAGCCAGCCUGUGCAAUCCAGGCUAAUUUUUGCAACAAGUAAAAAGCAGGGAUGCUACUCUGUUUCUCCAAACCUGACCUGAUACCGCUCUUGCACUUUAUGCCAAGACAUCCUCGCUGCAGAACUUGGGAACAUCCUGCAGAGGUGAUGCCAAGCCCCUCCCCUCCCCAAUGAGCAUGUGGCCGCUACACGAGCUUCAGUUUAGUCUCUUGGCUGCUACACGAGCUCAAAGCGUGUUGCUGCUGCUCCUGACCCUUAACAGGUGAAGCUCCAGUUUGUAGCUACUGUGCCAUUGGAAGCUGCUUUUUCUCAAAGUCAGGGCCUUGAUCCGCUUGGCUCAGCAUUGCCUACGUGGACUGGCAACACCUCUUUCAGAAGGGGAAUAUUCCCAGCCCUACUACAGAUGUUGGGGGCUCAAUCCUGGGACCUUCUGCAAGUAAAGCAGGGGCUGUGGCUCUGAGCCACGACCCUCCUUGUACCUGCGGCCUCUUUUGACCCCCACAAGAUUCUCUCUCUGCUGCUGACCAAUCCACAGAUAGGGAAUUGCAUACCCCCUUAACUUUCUGAAGCCCAAGAGACCCACUUUUUUUGUUGGUUUCCCUGCUUGAAAUUUGAAUGGCCCCUGGCUUGGCCUAUUGUUUCUGCACCCCAAAUGAGCAGGAGUUGCACCGUCUCCGAGAUGACAGCGACUGGAGGGUUCUGGGGGAGGUGGGCAGGGGAGACCGAAAGAAAUAUGCCUUGAUUCCCUCCCACUCAUCACAAAGCCCACACUGUUUCAAAGCAUCAGGAUUCCUGUCCCAAAGAAGGUUCUCUUGACCUGGCCCACCUUGCCACAGCAUCCACAGAGCGGACGUGCUCUGCCUGGGGCUCCCCUUCUCUCUCUCUCUUAACCUGUUCAUUCUUCACCUGUCGCAUUGGGUUGGGGGGGGGGAGGCCCCAGAGGAAGAGGCCUGACAUGGCAGGUCUAACGGAACCCCGCCCCCUGGCCCUGAGCUAGAGGACGGCCGAGCCGGUCGGUCCUCGGCUUAGUCGCUGUAGACCUGCCUGAGCCUGACAAGAAAGAGUUGCCAGGAACAAAUCUCUAUUGUUCGCUGUCAUCUUUAAAUGAGUGUCAAAGUAGGCAGGGGGGCUUUGACCGUUAACUGCACAAUUUGGCGGGGGCCCUUGUGUCCAGCCUGGCCAGCCCAGGCGCCCCCCUCCCGUUUCUCAGAUUAGCAGAGGCGGCCUCCAGCCUCUCUCCUAAAUGGGCCAUCCUUGGCCCUUUGUCCACAGACUGCCCGGUGUGAAAUUUGCAGCGACGUUAAAUGUUUUCUAAUGAAUAAUUAUUGAAAGGAAAUGGUGGGAUGUGUGUGUAAUGGAUUGUAGCACAUUAAAACGUUUUAUUCGGGGGACACAAAAAUGUUGUCCUUCAUAAGCGCUUUCGGAGAAGGGCUUUCUUCCCCCUCCCCACCCCCGGGAGAGAGGUUUUUUAAAAAAUUCUCAGAGGAUUACCAUCAAACUCUUAUAACAGGGUGUCUCUUUCUCUCUCUCUCCCCUCCACCCUGAUAGAAAUGGAAAGAGGCCCCCUGGCCAUCAAAUCUUUUUCAAGAUGGCAGCCGUGAAGCCUGUGGAACUGUUGGAAGCUUUGGGGUUUUAAAGGAAUGUUUUUGAACUGUCUUUUGCUUUGGGAGAAUAGGUUGGGUUCCCCUCUCAACCUCUGUGCUUUUCACGGAGAAAGACGAUCUAAGGCUGCUGUGCCAAAGUUACAGGCAAGGAUUUGUCUAUUGACAAGGAACCGUGGAAUAAUCCUGUCCCCCUCAUGCUGAUGACGAUUAACCUUAAAAGCUUGCAUUUUCUGUUCUCUGGAAUAUAUUGCCAUGUAAAUGUUUUGCUGUGGGUAUAAUCAAGUUUAGAACAUUAUUAUAUCAUCUUUAAAAAACUGCACAGGGGUGUCUGCCAAGUUUUGUCUUUUUCCCAAGCAGACAGCUGGUCACCACAUUUAUAUUUAAUGCUGGCUUUUCAGUGAGAUUAGUAAGCUUACAGAUGUGGUAGAUUUUCUUAAAAAGAACCUGGAAUGGUUUCCCUUUAUAAAUGAUAUUCUGUGCAUGCACCACAAGAGUGACCAUCCCCACUUCCUGUGGCGUUCUGGGGGUGUUUUGCUGGUUGCUAAGGGGCAGCUGAGUUCGAAAGCAUGUCAUAGUGCAAGUAGAUAAAUAGGUACUGCUCUGGCGGGAAGGUAAACGGCAUUUCCGUGUGUUGCUCUGGUUCGCCAGAAGCAGCUUAGUCAUGCUGGCCACAUGACCCAGAAGCUGUACACCGGCUCCCUUGGCCAAUAAAGCAAGAUGAGCGCCGCCACCCCAGAGUUGGUCAUGACUGGAGCUAAUGGUCAGGGGUCCCUUUACCUUUAAGGAGCAGCUGGUUCCAGGGCAGCAGGUAUCCCCCUGCCCUUUAUAUUUUGUCCUAGUGGAAAUAAUUUGAUUAUAUAAUUCAGUCCCACAAGAUGUGGCAAAGGCUUUAUGUGGCUUUUGAAAAAAGUUAAGUUCAUGGAGAAGGAGAAGCCUGUGAACUGCUCUAAACCUAAAGGAAAUCUCCAUCCUCAGAAGCAGUUUACCUUUUGUGCCCUACAGGCUGGGGACAGGUGGGAUGGAGGUUGCCGCCUUGCCCUGCCCUGCCUCUGAGCUUUCCAGAGGUGUCUGAAUGGCCACUGCAUGGGACUGGUGCAAUCUAUUUUGCCACUUGAGGCAAAGGACAAGAUGGCAACCCCACUCCACAUUCAGCAAACCAUCCAGGCUGGAAGUUGAUGCAUAUUUCCAUGCUGAUGGUUGGACAGCCUCCUCCUCCUCCGUGGCCAAUGACAGCAGGCUAGCUCAUGAGAUGCCAGCUGGCCCCUUGCUCUGCCUCACAUCCUUUGGCAGCUGUCUCCUGAGAUCGGCACUGCCACUCUCUGCCCAACGAGAGGGCCAGCUCUGCAGGAAAUGGGAUCCUGGGCAAGGCAAGGCAGGGCUCCUUGGGGAAUUCAGCAAUACCAGAUCUACAUGUCAACAAUUGCCAAUUGACUGGUUGGUUUUCAAGGAGGGAUAGACAGUUUCACAGAGGAGAAGUGUGCCAGAAGCUGCUUUAUGCCAGGUCAGACUCUUAAUUGUUCACCAGUAUGUAUUUUAUUUUAUGUUAGAAUAUUUGAUUUAAUGUUUGUGAUUGUAAUGCAGAAAAGAUCCCUGCAUUGCAGGGGGUUGGUGACCCUUGGGGGUCCCUUCCAACUUUACAAUUCUAUGAUUCUAAGUACCACUUCUACUUUGUUCUGUAUUUACCCCUCUCUCCAAGCAGGGAGAGACUCUGGGGGCCCUGCGCUUUGCCAGGUUUGGUUUCCUUGGAAUGAGGGUCAGCCGAGGCCUUCAGGGUGUACCCAAAGGGUGCUCAUCAAUGGUUCCUCUUCAUCCUGGAGAAGAGUGACUAGUGGGGUGCCACAGGGUUCUGUCUUGGGCCCGGUCUUAUUCAACAUCUUUAUCAACGACUUGGAUGAUGGACUCAAGGGCAUUCUGAUCAAAUUUGCAGAUGACACCAAACUGGGAGGGGUGGCUAACACCCCAGAGGACAGGAUCACACUUCAAAACGACCUUGACAAAUUAGAGAACUGGGCAAAAACAAACGAUGAAUUUUAACAGGGAGAAAUGUAAAGUAUUGCACUUGGGCAAAAAAAAAUGAGAGGCACAAAUACAAGAUGGGUGACACCUGGCUUGAGAGCAGUACACGUGAAAAGGAUCUAGGAGUCUUGGUUGACCACAAACUUGACAUGAGCCAACAGUGUGACGCGGCAGCUAAAAAGCCAAUGCAAUUCUGGGCCUCAUCAAUAGGAGUAUAGCAUCUAGAUCAAGGGAAGUAAUAGUGCCACUGUAUUCUGCUCUGGUCAGACCCCACCUGGAGUACUGUGUCCAGUUCUGGGCACCACAGUUCAAGAAGGACAUUGACAAACUGGAACGUGUCCAGAGGAGGGCACCCAAAAUGGUCAAAGGCCUGGAAACGAUGCCUUAUGAGGAACGGCUAAGGGAGCUGGGCAUGUUUAGCCUGGAGAAGAGGAGGUUAAGGGGUGAUAUGAUAGCCACGUUCAAAUAUAUAAAAGGAUGUCACAUAGAGGAGGGAGAAAGGUUGUUUUCUGCUGCUCCAGAGAAGCGGACACGGAGCAAUGGAUCCAAACUACAAGAAAGAAGAUUCCACCUAAACAUUAGGAAGAACUUCCUGACAGUAAGAGCUGUUCGACAGUGGAAUUUGCUGCCAAGGAGUGUGGUGGAGUCUCCUUCUUUGGAGGUCUUUAAGCAGAGGCUUGACAACCAUAUGUCAGGAGUGCUCUGAUGGUGUUUCCUGCUUGGCAGGGGGUUGGACUCGAUGGCCCUUGUGGUCUCUUCCAACUCUAUGAUUCUAUGUUUUAUUUACACCUAUAUAGAGCCUGGGCAUAAGAUGGAGGGGCUCACAACAUUCAUCAGUAUUUCAAUGCAAACUUUAAAUUUGCAGUUUAGCCCAGCACACGUUUGAACAAAGCAAUCUUCCCUAAGACAUUUGUGUAUGUUGCUUUCACUAAUAGAUGCAUUAUAAUGCACAUUUUACCCCAAUGCCUGCAUUUUUGUACACUUUACGUGGCCAGAGAACUGCACUGCAGAAUUUGUAGAAGUGCAAAUAGUGAAGGAUGGCUGUGUUUCAGUUUUCAUAUUUCAGAGGCAGGCUAGCCUUUAAAUGUGAAAGGAAGUGAAUUUCUCCCCAUCCCUAUGCUUGAUCAAUGUUGUCUCCAUUUCCGUAAUCCUAAGUGCUUGGCUGCCCUUCCUUGGUGGCGAGAGAGUGGCACUCUGCACAUGCUUGGUCAGAGUCAGAAGUGCUUCUGAAUAUGAGCUGCUGGAAACCACAGAAGGGGAGAGUUGCUCUUGUGCUCGGCUCCUGCUUGCAGGUUUCCCAUGGGGGCAUCUGGUUGGCCACUGUGAGAAAAGGAGGCUGGACUAGAUGGGCCUGACUCAGCAGAACUCCUCUUAUGUUUCAGUGCUUCUGUGUCACGUAUGGCUUGGUCCUGUACUGAGCUCAGCAGCUGGUGCUGUGCUGUGGAGAGGCCUGGGUCAAAGAAAGCUGUGCACCGCAGCGCAGGGAUAAGAAACAUACAGUGGUACCUCGGGUUAAGAACUUAAUUCGUUCUGGAGGUCCGUUCUUAACCUGAAACUGUUCUUAACCUGAGGUACCACUUUAGCUAAUGGAGCCUCCUGCUGCCGCCGCGCCACCGCCACGCGAUUUCUGUUCUCGUCCUGAAGCAAAGUUCUUAACCCGAGGUACUAUUUCUGGGUUAGCAGAGUCUGUAACCUGAAGCAUCUAUAGCCCGAGGUACCACUGUAUUUGCAAGAAGACUACCUUCCCAAAAGCAGGUGAACUCUGCAAAUGCUUGAUGGCUGUUGUUUGUCCAGAGCCUGUCGGAAAGGGUAGGAUCUACCUAGGCAGAAGUAGCCUGCCUGGAAUUAUACAGGCCCUAGUCACCUCCAGGUUUGACUACUGCAAUCUGUUGGUAUGUCGGGCUGCCCUUGAGGACGAGGUUCUCUAAAAAAAAAUCCGGUUCAAGAUGCAGCAGCUGCUGACUGGCUCAUCUAAUAGGAAGUAAGUAAAUAAGAUAAUAUUGUACUAGCCAGAGAGGCCAUGACAAAACCAUACAAACCCUGUCAGAAAGAGUGUUUUUGCCUCUGCCUAAGACAUAAGCAAGGCUGCAGUUGGGGCACCUCCACGACUGCAUGCAAUGCAUUUCUGUUUAGACCUCUGAAUCUCCCUCACAAGUCACUGCAAUUUUCUCCACUUCCUCCUCCUUGAUUUUUCUUGCCACCAGCCCAAAGAGGGCUCAGCAGCCUAGAACGUCUCUGCGAAGGAGAGACUGCUUUCUUGGAACAAACAGGGGAUUCAGAAAGUGCCUCCUAGGUUCUGUGUAUAGUGGGCCAUGUCACAAAUAACGGUGAAUGUCUUCUACAUGCACUUGCCCACAAAUACAGAGUCUCUCUAUCUGCAUAUGGGAUCUAGUUGCUCGUCCAGCACAGCUGAGGGCAUUGCUUGGAAACGCAGCCCAAUAGAGACAGAUCUUAAUAGAGCUGGCCAGAGUUUAGACAAACAAGUGGCUCUAAAAUUUACUCAGGUGCUUAAAUUCAGUAUCUUAACUUUUUCUUCUUUUUUAUGUUGCUUACACUGGACUUAAAAAAAAAUCUUCAUCAGCUUCUGUUACCAUGUGUCUAUAUUUUAUGCACUCACCUCGGGCAGAAUAUAAAUCCAUCAAGUAAGAAUGAAUUAAAUCAAUUGAUAAGACAAAUUAAUAAACUUUCUGCCCACUUUGUGUUGUGAUCAGCAGAGGGACUGUUAAGGAUUUAAUUUUAAAGAAGGUUUUAGGGUGACCUCUUGUGGGAGAAAACAGGACGUACGUCUUCUGAAAAUGUGAAGAAGUCACUUGUCAUUUCUGUAACCAGAGCGCCCUCUUCUCCUCAGACAUGAUUUUUUAAAAAAACAACAACAGGUGCCUUGUUGGGCCAAAAUCCAACAGGGGGCUCAGGGUGCUUAACCUGUUGAAUUUCCUCUUUACUGUUCAGCUGGGAAAAGCAGCUCAGCCCUGUUAGAGGAGGGAGGUGAAUAAGGAGUUCUGCAGGCAGGAAUUUUAGAUGCAAUGAUGGUUGUGGGAGUUUAACCUGUUGGAUUUCUGCUGAUGUUCAACUCAUGGCUUUAGUUACAGAUAGGUAGCCGUGUUGGUCUGCCAUAGUCAAAAUAAAAAAAAUCCUUCCAGUAGCACCUUUAAGACCAACUAAGUUAGUUCUUGGUAUGAGCUUUCGUGUGCAAGCACACUUCUUCCCACCACCCUUCUGAGUAAUACCCCUCCCCACCUUCUCACUAUAUAGAAGGAUCUGGCAACUUCUGUUUCAGUGUAUCUGAAGAAGUGUGCUUGCACACGAAAGCUCAUACCAAGAACUAACUUAGUUGGUCUUAAAGGUGCUACUGGAAGGAUUUUUUUUAUUUUGAUCAUGGCUUUAGGGCAUUAAUAAUUGGAUCUCCUGCCUUCCCGCUCCUGCCACCCAAAGAUUUUUUUCUUAUAUUUUGCUCAUAGGGCAGCUGAGUGCAUUGCAAAAUGAAGGGUUGGUGAGCCCUCUGCCAUCUUAAUUUGCCCAGUGCAGGGAUUUCAAAGGCCGUAGAUAGGUAGAUGACUUGGCUACAGCACUCCAUGCUCUGGCAACUUCCAGAUUGUGUUAUUGCCAUGUGUGCGCUGUGGUCUAUGUGGGGCUGUGCUUGAAGACAGCUGAGAAACUCCAGCUUCUCCAAAAUUACUAGCUGGUUUGGCUUUAGAUCAUAUAUGACCUCUGUUCUAAAACUGUGGCUGCCAGUUCUGUUUUGUUUUUUAAGGCCCAAUUCAAGAUGCUCACAUUAGUGUUCAAAGCCCUAGCUAGGUUUGUCCUAUGUCCUUUUUUUUCAGGACACACCCUCUUUUUCAUGGGUAUGUAAAAUGAGAGUUGUCAUAGUGAUCCAUAGCUAAAAGUAGAAGUCGGCAAAUAUGUCCUCUUUUUUUGCUGUUCAAAAUAUGGCAACCCUACAAACAUUGCAGGUCUUAAACACCUGAAAUGCGUAGGUUUGGAGCGUAGGUUUAGAGGCUUGGAGUGGUGGCAGCCCAGAGCAGGGCGUUCUCUGUGGCAGCCCUUCAGCUGUGGAGGUCCCUCUACACAGAGGUGCACCUGCCUUUUUCACUGAACAGCUUUGGGCAAAUGUUGAAGAUGUACCUCUUCAGCACUCCUUCCUUGGAGGUUUUUAAGCAGAGAUUCGAUUGCCAUCUAUAAUGGAUGCUUUAGCUGAGUUUCCUGUGUUGCAGGGGUUGGUCUAGAUGACCGUUGGGGUCCCUUCUAACUCUACAAUUCUAUGAUUCUAUGUGUGUUUUCAGGACCCACCUAUUAUUGCAAAUGCAAUAUGCUUUAACUGCUUUGAAUUCUGAAUGUUGAGUUGGUGUAACCCAGCCUGGGGCCUGCUGGUGAAGGCUGGGUAACAUAAUUAUUAUUGUUUGUUGUUAAUGUAAUAUAAUUUAGCUUAUAUAGAUUUGUGUCACAUGAGCCCUGCACCCUGGGUCCUUUCAGUAUCGAGCAACUUGGGGCAGGUGUUUUCCUUGAGCAGGCAUUUCUGGUGCCUGCUUGAAAUGGCCUCCAUGAGACGCUUGAGCCAGGGUCCCUGGCUGCAGGAAGGCAGCGGUCCUUGAGACAAUGCUACUGUGGGUGGCAGAGAAAAUGAUGAGAAUCUCUCCCCCCCCCAUGCCCUUAAUGGGUUGGUUUCUCACUGCAGUCAGUGGAAACUGAGCACUUCCUUGUGCAGCUGUGGCAGUCCAAGGAUGGCAGGAAGGGAAGCAAUUUGCCCGAGGGGUAAUUCUGUGAAAAGAAAUAGGUGAGAGAAAUCUGAUCCAGUAGGCAGCUCCUGGGAUUUCAAAGGCCACUCACUCCUUUCUCUCUCUGGUCUCAGAGAAGGUAAGGUGUUCUUUCUGUAUCCGGUGCAGAGCAGUGUGUUGGUCUUCAUACUGUCAGUGCCCCUUGAGAGGGGCUGGCCGAGCAUCCUGGUCAGCCAGGCCUGGGACCUUUGGGGAAGAAGCAGUUAUUUCCUAGGAGGAAAAGGGGAAAGGCUGAAGCUGCCACAAUGUCGAAUGAGAAGCCUUGGCUGUUCUAACCCUAGAUGUGCGCAGAAUUGAGAGAGUUGUACAGUGGAGAGAGCAACUCUGCACAUGGUCAGAGGCACUUUAGUCUCUUAUUUUGUGUUCCUCUCUCCACCCCUACCCCAGGCUGUGUCAGCAUAGGAACAAAGGAAGCUGCCUUCUAGCGAGUCAGUCCAUUGGACCACCCAGUUCAGUACUGCCUGCACUGGCUGGCAGCAGCUCUCCACGGCUUCUGGCUGGGCUCUCUUUGGGGAUUGAACCUGGGACCUUCUGCAUGCAAGAACAGGUGCGGUCUUGCUUCACCGGAAGCCCUGGGAAGCAGCCCUGGAGAGUAUUCACGCAGCAGAUUUAGGAAGGCAGAGAGUGACAUUUUUAUAAGGGCCAGUGAGUUAGUGAAGAUUCCAGUCUGCUGUUGGGUAGAGCUUUCUGACAGGAAGAGCUGUUUGACAAUGAAGCAGACUCCCUGGGAAGGUGGUGGGCUCUUCUUUGUUGGAGGUGUUUAAACAGAGGUUGGAUGACCAUCUGCCAGGGAUUCCUGAGCUGCGAUUCCUCCACUGCAGGGGGUUGGCCCUUGGGGUCCCUUCCAGCUCUGCAGUUCUGUGAUUCUCUGCUCAUAGUUUCUCUGUGGGAAAAGGCAGCACGAGAUGCAGGAAAGCAGGAGGGUGGGUGGCACAGCGUCCCCAUGAGGAUUGGGAGCACAUGUGUUUUCUAUUGCCUUCUGGAUAUUUUGGACUACAAGUCCCAUCAUCUCUGAAAGUUGGCCCUGCUGGCUUCUGGGCCCCAGGUUGGGGAAGUCUGCUGCAGGCCCUUCCCCAUGCAGGUGGGGCUUAGCAUGUGGGGAAGGCACCUGCAGGAUGCUGUCUUCGCAGGGUGUACUUGUGGGUGAGAUUUUGAGGGGGAGGAGGAGCUACUAAAUGAGCACGCAAGGUGGGCUCAGCCAAGCAAAAGUGGGAGGUGCUUAUCAGAGCUUGCAGGGCAGCAGCUGAAGAAGGAGGAAAAAGGGUUUUCUUGUGUGUGUGUUUCUUUGUGGCUGAUUAGCUGCUCUCCCUGUGCAAAGGUCAGAGGGGGCAGGGUUUCUGUUGAGGCAGGUGAUUAGCUGUGGGAGGAGCUUAUCAGAGCUUGCAGGGCAGCGGCGCGCACAGUUUGAUCCAUCUUUUAGAUUUAGGGGAGCUAGUCUCAAAUGUUUGUUGGGGGAGACCUAGGUUUUUUUGGGGGGGGAGUUAUUUGUCCUGUCUUCAUGCUUUUUAUGAUGGAGGACCGCUGUAGCCACCCCCAACGACACGUUCUCAAGAUGGAGGGGGAGGGAACAGCUGCAGUCGCCUGCGGUUCCUGCGCAAUGUUUGCCAUCUUGCCAAAGGUUGCAGGCAGCUUUACCUGCAGCAAUUGCAUGUUGAUUGCCCUCUUAGAAGACAAAGUCCAGCAACUGGAGGAACGUGUAGCUACGCUCCAAAGAAUUAGAGAGCUGGAGCUCUUCUUGGAAGCAACAGAGCACACCGUCUCCACCAAGGAGGAGACAGGGGACUCCCUGAGAAGGAGGCUAGUUCACCAACACAGGAGCCAGAUAUAUGGAGAAACGUGACUCAAAGAAGUAGGAGGCCCAGGGUUCGCUCUGAUUGUUUAGAAAUAUACAAUCGCUUUGAGGUCCUCUCCCCUAGCAUGGAAGACGAAGAGCAGACUCCAUUUGAGGAUCUCUCCCUCAUUACAGUCGAUCAGGUAUAUGAAGACGAUCAGCAAAGUCAGUCCUCAGGGAAUGUGCAGGCGACCUUGGAAUGGACAGCUCACGGAAGAACCCCGACCAAACCUAAGAGGAGGUGUGUAGUGGUGAUAGGGGAUUCCCUACUGAGGGGAACAGAAGCAGUGAUCUGUGGGCCUGACAAGAUGUCUCGGGAAGUGUGCUGUCUCCCCGGGGCUAAGAUCCAAGAUGUAACUGAACGACUGCAAGGAAUCAUAAAACCCACUGACAAAUACUCCUUCCUCUUGGUUCACGUGGGAACCAAUGACACUGCAGGCAAUAGCCUCCAGAAGAUCAAAAGAGACUACGAGACUCUGGGCAGGAAAUUGAAGCAAUUAAAUGCACAAAUUGUCAUCUCAUCUGUCCUCCCAGUUGAACGACGUGGCCCAGGGAGAGAGGGGAAAAUAGUGGAAGUGAACAGCUGGCUUCGCAAAUGGUGUAAACAGGAACGGUUUGGAUUCUUAGAUCACGGACUGCAGUUUCUUGAAGAUGGACUUCUGGCAAGCGAUGGGCUGCACCUCACAACGGUUGGGAGGAAUGUUUUUGCCAAAAUCUCAGAAACCUCAUCAGGAGGGCUUUAAACUGACUAAUGUGGGGGAGGGAGACGGUGCUCCUGAAGGUAGGAGUCUAUCAAUUGAUGAAGAUGAUCAUCCAAAUGUCAUAGACCAAAUGGAGCAAACGGCACGCAAACCUACUGGUGGGAGGAAAAAAUCCUUAAAUAAGAGACAUGGGGGAAUGAUUAAUGGACUUCAAUGUCUGUACACUAAUGCGCAAAGCAUGGGAAAUAAACAAGAUAAGCUUGAGCUCUUGGUACAGCAAACUAAAUAUGACAUAAUAGGCAUCACUGAAACCUGGUGGGAUAAGUCCCACGAUUGGAAUGUAAUAAUGGAGGGAUACAAUCUAUUUCAGAGAAACAGACCAGACAAGAAAGGAGGAGCAGUGGCGUUAUAUGUCAGGGAUGUGUAUACCUGUGAAGAGAUCCAAGAUUUAGAACCUCAAAGCCAAAGUGAGAGCAUUUGGGUCAAAAUUAAGGGAGAGAAGAAUAAUAGUGACCUCAUUAUGGGAGUUUACUAUAGAUCCCCAAGCCAAACGGAGGACAUAGAUGAUGCCUUCCUGGAACAGAUGGCCAAGCAUGCAAAAGGAAGGGAGAUAGUAGUAAUGGGGGACUUCAAUUACCCGGAUAUUUGUUGGAUGUCAAACUCAGCCAAGAGCAUAAGGUCAAACAGAUUCCUCACUGGCCUUGCAGACAACUUCAUUGUCCAGAAAGUGGGAGAAGCAACAAGAGGAACAGCCAUUUUAGAUCUGGUCCUAACCAAUGUUGAUGACCUGGUUAGUGGGGUAGAAGUGGUAGGAUCAUUAGGCGCGAGUGAUCAUGCUCUUCUGAAGUUUACUAUACAGCGGAAAGGAGCAGCCAAGCAUACUAGGACUCAAUUUCUUGACUUUAAGAAAGCCAACUUCAUAAAACUUAGGGAAGUGCUGGGUGAGAUCCCAUGGACAGUAAUACUAAAAGGAAAGGGAGUUCAUGAUGGCUGGGAGUUUGUUAAGAGGGAGAUAGUAAAAGCACAACUUCAGGCAAUACCAAUGAGACGGAAACAUGGAAGGUACCUAAAGAAGCCAGGGUGGCUAUCUAAAGAACUUUUAACUGAGUUAAGAUUUAAAAAAGGAUGUGUACUAAAAGGAAAGGGGGGAAACCACCAAAGAGGAAUUCAAACAAAUAGCCAGCACGUGUAGACACAAAGUCAGAAAAGCUAAAGCACAGAAUGAACUCAGGCUUGCUAGAGAGGUUAAAAGCAACAAAAAAGGCUUUUAUGGGUAUGUUUGUAGCAAAAGGAAGAACAAAGAAACAGUGGGGUCACUCAGAGAAGAUGGUGAAAUGCAAACAGGGGACACGGAAAGGGCUGAACUCCUCAAUGCCUUCUUUGCCUCAGUCUUCUCCGAUAAAGAAAACAAUGCCCGACCUGAAGAAUUUGGAGCAAAUGAUUCAGCAGAGGACACACAGCCCAGAAUAACUAAGGAGAUAGUACAAGAAUACUUGGCUAGUCUAGAUGUAUUCAAGUCUCCAGGGCCAGAUGAACUGCAUCCAAGAGUAUUAAAAGAACUGGCAGAUGUGAUCUCAGAACCACUGGCAGUCAUCUUUGAGAAUUCCUGGAGAACAGGCGAAGUCCCGGCAGACUGGAGGAGGGCAAAUGUUGUCCCUAUUUUCAAAAAGGGGAAAAGAGAGGACCCAAAUAAUUACCGCCCAGUCAGUCUGACAUCAAUACCAGGGAAGAUUCUGGAGCAGAUCAUUAAGCAAACAGUCUGUGAGCACUUAGAAAGGAAUGCUGUGAUCACCAAUAGUCAGCAUGGAUUUCUGAAAAAUAAGUCAUGUCAGACUAACAUGAUCUCAUGUUUAGCCUGGAGAAGAGGAGGUUAAGGGGUGAUAUGAUAGCCACGUUCAAAUAUAUAAAAGGAUGUCACAUAGAGGAGGGAGAAAGGUUGUUUUCUGCUGCUCCAGAGAAGCGGACACGGAGCAAUGGAUCCAAACUACAAGAAAGAAGAUUCCACCUAAACAUUAGGAAGAACUUCCUGACAGUAAGAGCUGUUCGACAGUGGAAUUUGCUGCCAAGGAGUGUGGUGGAGUCUCCUUCUUUGGAGGUCUUUAAGCAGAGGCUUGACAACCAUAUGUCAGGAGUGCUCUGAUGGUGUUUCCUGCUUGGCAGGGGGUUGGACUCGAUGGCCCUUGUGGUCUCUUCCAACUCUAUGAUUCUAUGAUUCUAUUCUAUGAAAAGCAGCAGCAGCAGACUCCCAAACUGCUUCGCCGAUAAAUUGAGCAAAUGGCCUGUCACGAUGGGGUGCAUGUAAAGCAGCCCCAAAUUCUGUCACUUAGACAUUCUCCCCGACAGUAGAGCCAGGUGAAUCUGUCAAUAUCUGCUUUCUUUCAAUUUCUCAGUUUCCAACCUUAAAUUCAGCUGGCUACAUUUCUGCAUUAGUGACCUUUUGAAAAAAUAAUCUGCAUGAAAAUAAAUAUGAUUUGUUGUGUACAUUUAUCCCAAUAUAUGUAUUUUUUGCAAGGAAUUUUCACCAGUUUACACAUAUCUUUGCACACUUUUUGGCCAAAGAACAGCAUUAAAAAAAUUGGAGAAAUGCAGAUUUUGAUAGAUGGCUGUGUCCCAGUUCGCUUACUGGUUUGGGAAGUGUAAAUUAGGUAAAAUGUGAAUUGAAUGGAUUUCUUCCCCCACCCCCAUCCCUGCUUGACAGAUAACUUCCUAGGUGUGUGUUCAGGGCUGCAUUAGCUUUCUGGAACCUAUGAAAGAGUCGCCAUGUCCCUGUGAUCUGUUCAGCAAGCCUUUCUCUGCUGCAGGUGCAGAUGAGCAAGAUCUGUUUCUAAGAGCCACUUGGAAUCUCUCUCUCUCUCUCUCUCCUCCAAGGUGAUGAAAAAUAUAUUUGCUCAGCUCAUGACCCUGGUGACCAGCAAGCUCCGAUAAAAACCUUGCACAGAAAGACGCCCUGUCCAAUUCACUGCCUUCCCAACCAUGGCCAUGAGUUCCCAUUGGCGGAACAGCAUCCCCAGUCAGGGCAGAGAUUGCAACAAUAUGUUUAAAGUCCAGCUGGCUCACUUUAGAAAGGGCUGCGUUGUGGAACAGGCAGAGGAGAAUCGCAGGACGGAGCCUAGGCCUGCCAGGUAAGGGAACGUGGGGGAAGCUGAAGCCCUAGCAGCUCAUCCAAGCAGACGCCCCCUGGAGCACAGCUGUGCCCAGCUAGAUUCUUAAAAGACUUGUGGCACAGCCUGUGUCUGAAAUUCCCAUUAAAAAUGGCAAGUGCCCAUGAAUCUGCAUGGGGCAAAUUUUGGCAGACCUGCAAGCAAAUCUUUAAAAGUGUAUUUUGGGGGGCAGGAGUUCCAGGGCUCCGUGCAAACGAUCUGGGGGCCCUGAUCCUCAUCAUCACCACCACCACCACCUCCCUCCUUUGGCAGAGCACAUCUGUUCAACUUGUGGAGAACUCAGUUGGAUUCCUGAAUUAACUUAAGAGGACAGCAGUGUCUUAGGACAGCCUUCCCAACCUUGUGCUGUUUGGACUACAACUCCCAUCAGUCCUAGUUGGCCCAAAACAGCCAGAGGGGAGCCAGGCUGGAGAAGCCUGCCAUCGAGCAAGUGGCAGUGGAAGCGAGGAAUCCUGGCCAAAUACUGCCGUGAAUCUAUUAAGCUGCAAAGCGGCCAAGAAAAUGAGCUACAAACCAGAAUAUUUACAAAUGGUUAGCCUUGGACCAAGGCACUGGCAGACCCCAGUGUUUUUGUGAGAUCACUUUUUGUUUUUGUUUUAAGUAGUACCUCGAGGUGCAAAAUAGUGUUUCAGUGGGCAGAAUGACGAUUAAGAGGGUGGAACCAAUUGCUUCCCGACAGUCAGUGAACUUCUAGACCAAAUUGCGGUGUCUCCAAAUUUACAGCUGCAGGGACUCUGGUGCGCUCCGUGCUACUUUUGGUUUAAACUGCAGUGCGAUGGUAAUACUGAUUCUGCCUUGCAGAUGUCUUGCUGGUGGCCUCGUUCCAAAUUCCAAAUCAUUUCUUAGCAAUUAAGGGAGACUGAUGAAAAGUGUGCAUAGUUGAGAAGAGGAGACUGAGAUUCCAACAGAUUCAAAUGACAAGAAAGGAGAUUUUGAUUAAACAUUAGGAAAAACUUCCUUGUUACUUGUAGUAUGCAUGAGGCAGGAGAACUUUGCAAAAUGAAGGUUUUUCUCUAGUUCUGAUUAUUGUAGUUUUAAGUGCAAAUAAGUGAGUAAAUAGGCUGAAUCGGAUGGAUUUUGUUUCAUUGCUUUUCCAAAGGGUUUACAAUUUAUUAAUCUUGCUCCAGUUAGAAAAAUUGUCAUCACUCCCAAAUUUUGCAGCCUUGGGAAGAAACGUUGUGUUUUCUUCUCAAUGCAGAUUCUAAAUGAAUUUUGGAAACCAUAAAAGAAAAUAAAAAAGUUGUGUUUGUGCAGCUUUGCAGGUCAAGCAAAUGCUGGUUUCUGGAAGACACAAGGCUACUUCCAGGAUAAUUCACAAGCCUGGCUGGCAUCCAAAUAAAAGUAUAAUGGGAUGAUUGUGUCAAAUUAUUUCUAGAGGGACAGCAGCAAAAAUUAAAAUGAGGUAAAAAAAGUAUGUUGUGGCUACUAACAAAUACACCAUAGUCCUUUAUGAAGUCAAGUUUUUGCUGGCAAACGUGACAGACAGCAGGAUGCAGCCAUGAGAGUGUUGGACUAAGACCGGGGAGAUCAGGGUUCUGAUCCCAACUUGGUCGUGGAAAGGAAAGUGGGAUAGAAACGCGGUAAAUAUAUAAAUAGUAAUUUUAUAUAUACCUAUAUUGUCCAGAGUCCUUGAAAAAGGGGUUGGCAUGUAAGAAAUUUAUUUAUUAUUUAUUUGUUACAUUUGUAUUCCACCUCCCGUGCCACCAGAGCUCAAGGUGGUGUGCAUUGUUUCUCCCCUCCCCAUUUUAUCAUUGCAGCAACCCUGUGAGGUAGGUGAGGCUGAGAGGCAUUGGCUGGCCCCCCAAGGUCACCCGGCAGACUUCAUGGCUGAGGGAGGGAUUUGAACCCUGGUCUCUUGGGGUCCUAGUCCAGCACUCUAACCAUUCUCCUACGCUGGUGCUCUGGGCGGUUCUCUUCCAUCUCUGAAAACUAGCAGGUGGUGUCAAAGAUGCCCUGCCGGAAGUUGCUUUGUACUUUAAUCUCCCUCUUGGAGAAAUUGUGCUCUUCUAGUCAUCCUUGAUUCAAUUCCGCCCCCCCCCCUUUGCCCCUUGCAGAUCGAAGCAGCGUGGAGGAAGCCCUACAAGCUGAACAUGGAAGGGGCUCUCGUGGCCCGGGACAGAGUUGGGAUUCAAGAUUUCGUCCUUUUGGAUUCUCACACGAGUGAAAAUGCCUUCUUGGACAACCUUCGCAAGCGAUAUCAGGAGAACCUCAUCUAUGUAAUUGCACUCUGAGCUGCUUUAGGGAUGCUCCAGUUGGUCAUGAGCUGUCUUAUGAAGAAAGGGGUGGUGAUGGGUGGUUAUCAUGGGAUGCCUGCUGUUCUGGUAGAUUGGUGUCUCUUUCAGAUAUGGAGAGGAAAUGUGGAACUAGAACAUGAGUGUUGGGCCUCCUGGGGUAGCUUCAAAAGAGGAUCAGACCAAUUCAUGGAGGACAAGGCUAGCAGUGGCUAUGGGCCACGAUGGCAGGGCCGUGGGCCUUGGACCUUUUGCAUGUGCUCUGUCCCUUCCUGGCUUUUGCCUGGUUUGAGCAUAACACAAAGCCAUAAUUUGUUUCUCUGAUCAUGCCUUGUUCCAAAGGCAUUCAGACAAACCAUUGUUUGUUUUAUUUCCCACGUGCUCUUCCCUCAUGCCUGUUGAUGGGCAUCGGUGGUGGGACAUACCAGGAUGUACUCUUUACAAAAUGUUGCUUUACAAAAAUGUAUAUGAAUUAGGCAAAAUUGCACACAAACAAAUUGCGUUGCAAAAUGGUGUGUAAAAGUGGAGAGCUUGCACUUAAGGCUGGAAAACUGAGAAAUGGAGAUAACCUGCAAUGGACAGACCCCCUCAUCCCUGUGGCUGUUUGGGUCCUUAUUUGUAGCGUUUGUUCCUUACCCCUCAGACGUACAUUGGCACUCUCCUGGUGUCUGUGAAUCCCUACAAAGAGCUGGGCAUCUACACGGUGAAGCAGAUGGAGCAAUACAAAGGGGUGAACUUCUUUGAGCUGCCACCACACAUGUAAGCACGUUGCCAACUUUCUUAGGUGUCUGCUUGCGCAAGUCUCCCACCCAGAUUUUAAAGAACUAAAUUAGAUUUUAAAUGGCAAAAUCCUUAUAUUGCUAUGUUUCUGAGUUACUGCUUGUAGUUGAGUAGAUGUGGAGCCUGUUGCACCUUCCAAAAAGUUUACGCUAAUUUGUGGACAGUGUAACGAAAGACUCAUUUUUAAAUACCUGGCAUAAAAAAAAUGCUACCACUGUAAGGGAGUAACUAGCAUCACACAGGGUUGACUUCCUUCCCAAAGGGAAGGAAAUUGUUGUGUAAAACGUGGCUGGAGGAGAAUUUUACUUUAUCCACAUUUUUAAGUAGCAGCACCAGAUUUGCAGCUCCCAGACUAAUAUGUGAAAUGGAAUGUUAUUGUCAGGGCUUUCACCCAGCCUUUGCCAAAGAGGCGCUCAUGGUGCGUUCCAGCACCAUUUUUUACUAGAAAAAUAGCACUGGUAAUUAACCUUCAGAUUUCACACUUCUCCAAAUCUUUCCAUUUAAACUAUUGUCUCAAAAAUGUACCAAAAUGUAUGUUUUAAAAAGUGUGCAUUUUAGGAUUACAUUUGAAAGUAAGAGUUUAAGUAUGAAUUUAAAUACAGAUUUUUAUACAUUUUUUAAUUUGUCUGUAAAAUUAAUGAGGAAAUUGAACAGAAAGGACUUACUAAUACACGUGCAAUUGGCUGGUGAUAGACUGAUUCAGCCAGUAUGGUGUUGUGGUUAUGGCACUGAACUCUGACCUGGGAGACCAGGGGUCAAAUCCCAGUUCAGCCAUGAUGCUCCCUGGGUGUUCUUGGGCCAGUCACUGGCAUCUCUCAGCCUAACCCGCCUCACAGGGUUGUUGUGAUGAUAAAAUGAGAAGGAGAACUGUGUACGCCACCUUGAGAUCCUUGGAGGAAAGGUGGAAUAUAAAUGUAAUUUUAAAAAUAAAAAUACCUGCCUAAGUGAUGAAGGAUGCUUUGAAACCUUCUAGCUUCUGAAGGUGCCUGGCAUUGUUUUACUUAACUCUGAGAAGGCUGUCACUGUGACCAGUGUGUGUGUUUGGUCCUUUUCCAGUUAUGCCAUAGCUGACAAUGCCUACCGGGUCAUGUGUACAGAGUACAACAAUCACUUCAUCCUGAUUUCGGGGGAGAGCGGUGCUGGGAAAACAGAAGCCUCCAAGAAGAUCCUUCAGUAUUUUGCCAUGACCUGCCCUACCACAGAGCAACUGCAGGUCGUCCGAGACAGGCUCCUGCUCUCCAACCCUGUUCUGGAGGUAAGCAGGAAAUGCACCUUGCUCCCACAUCAGAGGCGAGAGCAACAAGAUUUUGUCCGCUGCCUACCCAGCAGAGUUCUCUAGGAGGUUUACAUAAACAGUAAAAUGCAUGAUACAAAUUACAUUAUUAUUAUUAUUAUUAUUAUUAUUAUCCAGCUUUUCCCUUACACAAAUUUUAAAAAUACAGCUAAAAUAUAAUUUAAAAUCAUAUAAAAGAUAAUCAUCAAAAAGUAACUGAAUUCUUAAUAGAAUAAAAACAAUAUAAAACAAAUCUAUUACAAGACAAAUAGUAAAAACAGCUCAGCACUGUUAAAGCCCUUUCCUUAAAAAAAGCUUGUUGGGAUAAAAACAGUCUUCACCUGCUGGCAGAAGGAUAACAAAGAGGGAGCCUGUCUAGCGUCUCUAGUUCCAAAGUUGUCUGGGAGCAGCCACCACCUAGAAGGCCCUCUCCCGUGUCCCCACCAAACGGUGACGGUGGGGGGACCGAGAGAAGCCCCCUCCAAGAUCUCGGAGGUUAAUCUAGGAGAAUAGGGUCUUUCAUCUGCUGGGCCUAAGCCAUAGAAAAAAGCAUUAAAACCAAGAUGGGCUCCUUGCUGUCAGGAUGUAUUUAUCCUAACUGAAAUCUGAGUAAAACGCAGCCGCUGAAACAGUUGGAAUGGGUUUUUGGCACCUGUGGAAACCUCCCUGGUGUUUAAGGACAGUUGAGGUGUGAUGAGUGCCCUGGUUGCAAUUUAUUCAUCUUUCUGUCUUUCGUGCGGUUGCUUCAUGAUGAGGCAUUGUAUUUUUAAUCUGGAACCCUGUCUGAAAUUGUUUGCAAUGAGGAAUGGGAUAGAAAAGCUUUAAUAAAUAAAUGAAAUUUUGAAAAAGAGUGGGGAAAUGCUGGAAUGCAAGGGGGGGGGGAGAAAAGGGGAAGGGGUGAUGUGGGUGGCACUGAAUGAUCAGCGCAACUAACAAGAACAACUCAAGGACUGAACAAGGCGAGGAGGAAGAGAGGGGAGGGGAACACCAAAAGACCUCAUUGCUCCUUUUUUGUUUGUGCUAAUCUGUAGGCUUUUGGAAAUGCAAAAACUUUACGGAAUGAUAAUUCAAGCAGGUUUGGAAAGUACAUGGACAUCCAGUUUGACUUUAAGGUAAAGCAUCUUUCUUUCUUUCUUUCUUUCUUUCUUUCUUUCUUUCUUUCUUUCACUUGGAAUGGGGAGAUUUGCAGUGGUCUGCUAUAAGAGCCACUUAUGCGCCACUCCCCCUGAAGAAACCAAAUGUCGUUCUCCUCCUCCCACAUUUUAUCCUCACGCUGACACUGUUGGCUGACAGAGUGACUGACCUAGCAUUUCCCAGAGAGCUUCAUGGCUCAGCAGGGAUUUGAACUUGGAUCUCCCCCUGCCAAGCCAGAUACUCCACCACACUGGCUCACAUCAGGGUUGACUGUUUGCUCAAGUGAAGGUGACUCUCUGCCUUCUUAGUGCCAUGAGAUGCUUCCAUGUGACUUGAGACAAUUCAGCCAUCUCUUCUUCAUUUCUCUGUCCAUUUUUGAGGUGCAGUGGAACCAGAACUCUACACAGGGGAUAGUCAUUGUCUAGGUUUUACUCAGUAGACCCUCUGAAAUUUAUGCUCAGACACAGAGCUUUUAAGUGUGCACCUGUGCCUGGAAAGAGCCAGGCAAAAGGUACAUGUGGAGAAGCUCUUUCUAUGCUCUGCCUCCACUUUAGGUUGCCCACUUGUGAGAACAGGAUGCUGGACCAAAUGGGCUCCAUUGGCUCUUCAUUUGUUAUCACAUUCUCUCUCUUUCCUUUUGUUUUUCUGUUCUUUUCUUCCCAGGGAGCUCCUGUUGGUGGGCAUAUCCUCAGCUACCUGAUAGAGAAGUCCCGUGUUGUCUACCAAAAUCCUGGGGAACGGAACUUCCACAUCUUCUACCAGUUGCUGGAAGGCGGGGAAGAGGAUUUGCUCCAUGACCUCGGCCUGGAACGCAACCCUCAGAAGUACAUGUACCUAAUUCAGGUUGUGGGGGGCUCUUUGUGUGCCCCCUUCUUAACAGCUCUGUUCUCUAUGCCCAGCUUUCUCCGGUAACUACUGAAACAUGCAGUUUCAACCCAAUAACAGAGGCACACCUUACUCUUUUGAACCCCAAAAGGCUUGGAUUCCCAGCCAUCAGAGGAGCACACCCAACCCGCUGUGGGUUCUGAUCUGAGCAGGCUUCCUGAUUUGGGAGGGACCAAACCCAGAACAGUGUCUUUGGUAGACAGAGCGAAAACAGGCCCACAGUCCCUACUGUGGAUGGGUAAAUCUUUUUGCACUCUGCAAAGGAAAUAAUCCAGUGUCUCAGUCACACUCACACCAGAUGAUGCAGGAAGGUGUCAGGUACCCAGCAGGAGAGAGGAUGGGACUGUGCAAUUUAUUGUUUUGGUCCUUGCUUCUCCCAGAAGCACAUCAGAAAUCCUCCUUUGGUUAGGUGCUUUGAGCUCAUGGCAGCCACUCAUCUAUUUCUCAGGGUGCAAUAAAAGUUAUUCCAUGCCCCGUUGUUUGGCAAGUACUUGCAGUAGGUCAGGCUGUGUGUGCCACUCAGCACAAACUCAGCAUUUGCUUCAGGAAAGAGGACCCCAAGGACCUCAAGCAGUGGGCCUUGAUUUAGAAAAGGGAGAAAGGAAUAUUCCCAUUCUAUUUUGUUUGUAAACUGUUAUUCUGCUGCUUCAGGGGAAUGCUCAAUUUUUAAAAUAUUGUAGGUGUAGUGUAUAUGAUCCCGAGCAGACCAAGAACAAAAAUACAACUGAGCAUCAACACAGACAGAAUUAAGGGUGGAUGAGUCUAAGCUUUGGUUUCCCCAUUUUUCCAUUCUUAAAUUCAGUUUAUCAAAACUUCUGCCUCACUGUUAAAAAAAACACGUUAAUUUUUUUGUCAGAAUUUUAGUGUGAAUCUCCUAAUUACACAUUUUUGCAAGCAAUUUCCUGGAAUAAAAUUAUUUGUUCUACAUUGCUAUCACUAAAAUAUGUACCCUUAUGCUCACGUAGCCCUAAUAUGCUCAUUUAUCUAUGCACCACAAAAUUUAGAAAAGCGUGGUUUUCCAAAGAUAUUUGUAUUUUGGUCUGCAUCUUGUUUGAGGAUGUGCGAAAUAAGUGGGCACUCCUUAAAAUGUGCACCACCUGCGUUUUGUUCUCAUACCUGCAUUAGUGUGGGCUGCAUGGCUCUCAUGUUUUGCCUCUGGUCACCCACUGUGUGAAAGAGGAGCCGGGACUCAGCUGGCCUCCUGCCCAAUCCAACAGCUGGGCUCUUCCUAUGCUCUGGCCGGACUGUAUCUCCAAGCUGCCAAAUGGAAGGCAACCAAAUGUACUGUAUGUAUGUGUGGUCUUUGUAUCUAGCCUUUCCUCCAAAGAGCUCAGGAAGGCACUUGGAAGGCGCUCCCCACCCUCAUUUUACACUCACCCCAUAAGCUUUUGGCUUUUCUACACUUGCCUUUCCUCCACGCUUUCCAGGUGCUUGAAAGCUCAGUAUUCGAGCGCUCCCCCCCCCUUUUUUCUCCAGAGCUUUCCCUGUGAAAACCUGCCCUUUAAUGCUGAAUUGGAGCAAAUGGCUUUCCCUGGAAAACCCAAAUUGCCGUUUGUUGUGCUCCAGUUUUAAAGAAUGGGUUUUCAUGGGGAAAGUUUAAGGGUGAAAUAAAGAGCACUUGGACACUGAGCUUUCAAGCGCAGACCUGUGCCUUGAAAGAGCUGGGCAAAAGGUUAGGGUGGCUCAGCCCUUUGUGUCUCUGUGUGGGGUUAAACCUCCAGCCUCACCCACUUCAAUCCCAGACUCCGCCAUGCGCUUUGCCUGUGCAGAAGUUUCUCAUGCCACCCCCCUCUCCCCACAACAGGGGCACUGUGCCAAAGUGUCUUCCAUCAACGACAGGAGCGACUGGAGGACGGUGCACAAAGCUUUCACUGUCAUUGACUUCAAAGCGAGAGACCUUGAGGUACAGACAAAGGGGGGGCAGGUGAAGGGGGCGUUGCUUGGAAGUGGGCCCCUGCUUAGUGAUGGAAGGAAACUGGAAUCCCUGUAGAAGCCAGCAAGCUUUUUUUUGGUCAAGAGCUGAGUGGAGCAUAGGGAGCUGCCUUGCAGGGCAACAGACCACUGGCCAGCUGAGCUCACUAGUGCCUGCAAACUGGCAGCUGCUCUUCAGGGUUUUGGGCAGGGUCUCUGCCUGGAGAGGCUGAGCACUAAGCCAGGGACUUUCUACCAGAGCCAGGAAGCCAUGCUACUUCCCCUGCAUGUAAAAUGAGAUUCUGCUCCUCACACUUAUAAGUUGGAUAUGGCUUGCUCAUGAGCAAGAUGGCUGCGUAGCCCUGAGGUCUUUGUCCCUGAAAAACUAAAUAACUAAUGAAACAAUAACAUUUAUGGGCAUUAAAGUACCAGUUGACCUGGAACAAACUGGGGAUGAAGCAGGAGGCUGAAGCAUGCCUGGCGGACCAUCCAAUGGUUCUGAACACUUUAGCAAAGAAGAAACGGGCAGGGAGUACGGUGGGGCUCACAGCAACAAGGUCAUGAAGUUGAAAAGUUAUCUGUCACGGGAGGGAGCCUGAGCAACACAGUUCAGUCUCUUGUGAAAAGCAUUAGCAGAUGGCAGACGACCCUUUGAGUCCCUUCCAACUCUUCCAUUCUAGGAUUCUGUCCACAAAUGAACAGAACUCUAAAUGAAGUUCAUGCACAAAUCAAAGAGCAAGUGAGGAAGGAGGAAUCAAACUGUGGUUGGAAGGUUGGAAGUGGUGACUAAGGAACUCUGUGUAAAGAGGGAGGAGCAGCUGAGCAAAGGCAGUGGGCCAACAUUUGGGUGAAGGGACCUCUGAAUUAGAAGAAGGGACUAAGAAGUCCAGAUGGAGGGCACUUAAGGGAACUUACUCUCCAGUUUUAAAAAUGCACUGUUGAAGAAACCAUAUACCUGGUGUUGAGAAACCUAUAGGAGCUGAUCCAAAUUUCCCUAUCAAACCUAUCACAGACACACUAGGAAAAGUGGGCGUGCACCCUCAUCACUGUAAGAAACAAAGUAAGAAGGCAGGCCGAAAGAGAGUGGACACGGAUCAACAGCAAUGCAACCAAGUAGGAGCAAGAGCUCGUUGCUCUGAGAGAGCAGGGGGCUGGACUGGGCAUUGGCCGGAUCCAGGAGGGCUCUUCUGUUCUGCAGCAUGGCAGGUGCAGGGCAUAAAUUGGAAGCGAAAUGCCCUUUCUGAGGUUAUCUAAUAUGUGCAGACUGGAGUGAUACCCACUUCAGCCUCUGAAGAGGCAGUUGGUCUGCAAGGGUUCUGCCAGCCAUGCGUAGUUUGUUCUUCUGCUGCUCACCCUUUCUUGUGCUCACCUGACUCUUUGUGUCCGCAGAACCUCUUUGGAGUAAUUGCCAGUGUCCUGCAUCUGGGAAACAUCCAGUUUGAGGAGGAUAGCAAUGGCCAUGCCAUCAUCACUACUGGCUCCCAGAUCAAGUGGAUCUCAAAGGUACCUGCCUGGUGGGGGUGGCAGGUGGGAGCAGCAGCUUCCAGUGGAGUUCCUCGUAGGUUCUUGCUAUUCAUUUGCAUCCACAUGAUGCCAAAUCAUCAAAAUGCCAUUCUGUAUUCCUCCCCCAUUUAAUCCAGCUUUUAUCCACUUCAGAUGGUGAAGGAACCCACCCUCUGGUAGGCUCACCUGCAUUGAACCUCCUUUUCUGCCCUUGCCAGCUGCCUGGUAAUUUAGGAAGCAGCAAAAACAUACUACCAGAAGAAUAUGUUUUUCUGUCACUUCAACAUGGCAUUUGCAUUUCAGGAGUUGCGUCCCCUCCAACCGCUAGGUGGUACUUGCCAUUUGGCUUCAGUUGAUUGCCCUUACCAUGUAAAAAGGUAAAGGGGACCCCUGACCAUUAGGUCCAGUUGUGACCAACUCUGGGGUUGCAGCGCUCAUCUCACUUUACUGGCCGAGGGAGCCGGCGUGCAGCUUCCGGGUCAUGUGACCAGCAUGACUAAACAGCUUCUGGUGAACCAGAGCAGCACACAGAAACGCCGUUUACCUUCCUGCCGGAGCAGUACCUAUUUAUCUACUUGCACUUCAUGCUUUCGAACUGCUAGGUUGGCAGGAGCAGGGACCGAGCAACGGGAGCUCAGCCCAUUGCGGGGAUUCGAACCGCUGACCUUCUGAUCAGCAAGCCCUAGGCUCUGUGGUUUAACCCACAGCGCCACCCACGUCCCCUUACCAUGCACACCACCAUAAUUAAAUCUCUGCCUUCACUUAUGUAAGGAAAACAUCAGAGUCUGUAUUUGUGUUCUCUGCUUAACUGUGUUUCACUUGAGGCAUCAAGACAGAUUUGGGUAACACAACCAGAUUUUGUGUUUUCAAAAAUGGAGCAGCCAUUGUUGCUUCAUCCCAGAAUCCUACCUAGGUAUAGCCUGAUACAGUCUGCAUUCUCCAUCUUCAGAUGAUACUGAGCAGAAUUGGCCCAGGACAUUUUGCUGCUUGAGGCAGAAUUCCCAGCUGCCCCCCUGCCUCCUCCUCCUCUGCCCCCACCACCUGGGGAAAAGAAAAAAGAAAUGGAGGCUGGAGAGAAGCAGUGGCCUCAGGUGGCAGAUCCAGGUCCAAGGAGCACUUCCUGUCUCACCUGAAAAGAAUUAUGGAGAACUCUAAAGCUUGUACAAAAUCUUGGUUGCUCCUAAUGAAAGGCACUGCUAGACUUUGAAAUUUAAGGUCCAUUUCCCCCCUCUUUCUUUCUAGCUUUUGGGGGUCCACUUAUCAAUUCUGCAAGAGGCCCUAACUCACAGAAAAAUUGAAGCCCGGUUUGAAGAGGUAUGCUAACAAGCUUUUCCUGAUUUGCUUGCAAAGAACUGAAGUAGCCAAUUCACUAGGUGACCCCACCCUUGUGCUCUUCCUCCCCAAAGGUUUUAAGUCCAUUGGAUGUUGACCUGGCCUUUUACGCUCGAGAUGCAGUGGCAAAGGCCAUUUAUGGGCGGACAUUUACUUGGCUGGUCAACAAGAUCAACAGCUCUUUAGCAAACAAGGUGAGUCUCUUGCUGUAGCUAAUACAACGUGACCCUUUGAAACAUUUUUUUAAAACCAUGUUUGCAGUUGGCAAUCCGGCAGUCGUUCCAAGAUAACUGUUCCUUCUUGGAGCCAGUCUGUGAGAGACGGGCCACAUCCCCCUCUCUGGGUCCCGUGCUGACUGGAGAAGGGAGGCCUGGCCAGAACAGAGUGUAUUCUUCUGCAUAGCCCACCUUUCCCCCUUAAACAAUGGAUAAAGGGGCAGCCAGAUAGGAAAAGUCCUUUUAUUUACUUAUUUACCCAUCUAUAGGCCACUUAACUUACUACAAAAAAUCCCUCUUUGAGCAACUCACAAUAAAAAGCUAAAAGCUCUGGAACAUACAUUAACACAAAAAUAUAUCUACAAAUAUCAAAAAUAUCAAAAUUACUGAGCACUGUAAUCCAAAGUUGUAACUGAGUUUUAUAACUCUGGAUCAUAGUGCUCAAUAAGCCAAUAUUCUGAUAACUUAUUCUUUAUUAUAAAUUGAUUUUUAUAGAAAUUUUCUUAGACAAAUAAGAAAUACAUAAUAGUAAACACAACAUAUAUAACAAAACUUUACUCUGAACUUAGUCCCAGUACUACCUGUUGAUAAAGAGAAUAAGAAAAUUGAUGCAACCAGGGACAUAAUAAUAAUAAUUUAUUUAUUUAUACCCCGCCCAUCUGCAUAUUACAAAAUGAGGUAAUAUGUAGAAACAGUAAUCUGGAAUGUCAAAGGAAGUCAUUUAUAUGUUUUUAAGCAAAGGCCCAAAGUGUUUAGGUAUACUACCUGCCCAUAAUGGACUCAGAAGAUCCGUGGAGGGUGAGGAGGACUGCUCCCUGUAGGCUUAAAAAUAUAUAGAGAAAAUUUGACAAAUGGAAACCAAGUAACUGAAAAUGAUGUUUUGGAUUUAAUCCCCCUAAGUUGUUGUUGUUGUUGUUGUUUGCUUUGCUUGGCAGGAUCUCACCAGGAAAACUGUGAUUGGGCUGCUUGAUAUUUAUGGCUUUGAGGUUUUUGAGACAAACAGGUAAGUUACUCUUGCUCUGGUCACUUCCAGGCUUGAUUAGUGCAAUGUGCUUUAUGUGGGUCUGCCUGGAAACUUUGGGCUGGUCCCCAUGUGCUUCUGGUCACAGCAUUUACAAAAAAACCUGACUUAUGCGUAUUGAGACCUAAAGGAGGAGAACAUCUUUUGCAAGCUCUUCCACUUCCAAUUGCUCAGGGUGGUUUUCCUUAAGGGCCCCUGGUGAAAAAGUAAAAAUGAAAUAAAUUUAAAAUCCCUGUACAUGGAAAUCUCGCAUAUCAGUGGUGGUGGACUGCCCUUUGUUGGAGGUUCUUAAAGAGAGAUUGGGUGGCCAUCUGUCAGGAUCUCUCUAGCUGUGAUUCCUGACUUUCAGGGGGUUGGACUAGAUGACCCUUGGGGUCCCUUCCAGCUCUACAGUUAUUGGAUUCUCUGACAUUGGACUCCUUGUCCCUGACAUGGCAGGUGGGGUGGGGGGAGGAUUAGAAGAGUUGUCAGUCCUAUGAGACCCCACCCCCCACCCAGCAGUCUUAAAGCAGCUGCAGUGCAGAAACGGGUUUACCCUCGUUAGCUCCUGUUUGAGAAUUAAAUGCCCAUAUUUUUCAAAUGACUUUUCUGCACUUGGAAUUUCCUCUCAAGUUUUGAGCAAUUCUGUAUCAACUACUGCAAUGAGAAGCUACAGCAACUGCUGAUAGAGAUGACCCUGAAGGCUGAGCAGGAGGAGUAUGAACUGGAGGGCAUUGAGGUAAAGGCCGCACCCCCCCCCCCCAAAAAUAUUCCUUAUUGCCUUCCUGGUCUGUCGUCAGAUCCUUCCUUAAGAUAAAACACGUAUUUAAGUACAUGUGGAUCGAAUGAAAUUUCAAAUAAACACAGGUGAAGUUGACUUAGAUGAUCUGGUCAUUCAUGAUCUGUCCAUCACUGGCCUUCCAGAUGUUGGAGGAUUUCAGCUCCCUACCAUUGCUGGAAAUUGGUCGGGACACGGGUCCCCCAUACCCCAAACAGCCAAAACAGGCGUUGCCAGUUGUCAAAGCAAUAUCCAAACCUGCUGAAUGUGUCUGCCAGAGGGGGAAGUGGGAUGGGCACAUCACAAGCAGAGACCCCACUUUAGUUCUCUGAAGAGCCUGUUGCUCCUGUUUCUGCCAAUCCUUGCAUAGCCCAAAUAGGGCAUGGAGAUGGGGGACAUCGGUUUUGGGAGACUCUCAAGGUUUGCAGAAGCAGAAAAGAAAAUCCUCAAGGUAGGCAUCGCCCCCCCGAAGCAACUAAUGAGGUUUGAGGGUGCCCAGUGUGGCCAUGGAAUGCCAAGGUAAGGGCGCUUUAGCGGGGUGUAUGUGGAAAACAAGGUGGGAGGGGGUAACAUGGAAUGAAGCGCUUGGAAACCCAAACAGGAGUGCCUCAUACGGCAACAUUUUGCUGCAGCUCACCCCUUGUUAAUCUUCUCCAGCCCAGAGGGAGUUUAAUUCCUUGUUUGAAUUCUCUGUCCAAAUCUCACCUCAGUUCUUCAGCCUCAGAUUGUCCCAAGGACUCCUGUCCCCAAAAUAGCCCGUCCCCACACACCUGGAUCUCAGAGAUGCUUUUGCUGAUGGAAAAGUUAUGUGCAUCAGGUGUGACUUUUUAAUUUUGCAGGAAGCCCUCUUGAGUCUCUGUUUUUGCUUCUCAUUCCAGUGGGAGCCAAUCCCUUACUUCAACAACAAGAUCAUAUGUGACCUCGUGGAAGAGAAACACAAGGGGAUCAUUUCCAUACUGGUAAGAGAGAAGAUUCAUGUUUAAAAGUUUGAAAUGUUUAAAAGUCGUGGCUUCCUGCCAAAAAUAUACUGGGAAUGGCUAGGGAGUUUCUAACGGAGAAUUAGUCGCACACCCUUCCAAAACUACAGCCCCAAAGUUUCUUUCUGAGUCGGGUGCAGCAGUUAAACCAAUUUCAGCCAGGUUUUAGUUUGGUGGUGUCAACACCCCAGGGAUGCCUGACUGCCUGGGAUCUACAUCUUCUUUCUAGUCAUGUUAGCUCAGUUGGUAGAGCAUGAGGAAAGAGCCCUCGAGGGCAUUUCCUGCAUCUUCCAGCCUUCAGGAGCGCAACUGCCUCCAAUGGUGGGCAUUAGCCGUUCUCCUGCUCCUCCUCCUCUUCCUCCUUCUCCAUGGACGAAGGACUUGUACUCUCACCCCCAGGAAACCACCAAAGUGGUGGGUUUUCAGGGAUAAAAGGAGUUAUUCAAGAAUGGAUAACUUUUCGCAUGCCUCCUUGCCUGCUGACAGAGAAAUGGAGCCAAAUGAUUUAUAGAUGGGCAACCUGAGGCCAGGACUCUCAUUAGUGGAAACUUCAUCAGACUUGGCAGUGGCCCAGGGAGACAUUUCAAUCUGUCCUUCUCAGAAGCACUUGUGGCUUGUGGGAUUUUGCAUCCUGGGGAACUGGACCGGAGGGGAAUAGAGGUCAGCUCUGAGCCCCCUUCCAAACCCCAGCUCCCAGAAUCCUUUGGGGGAACCCCUGACUGUUUGAAGUGGUGUCAUGGUGAUUUAAAUGUAUGGGGAGAAUGUGCCCCCCCCUGAAGAAAUCCAGUUUUGGCUAGCUGAAGAAUAGGCAAGACUUCUCAUAUUCCUUCCUGUGUCAGGAUGAAGAAUGCCUGCGGCCCGGAGAAGCGACAGACCUGAGCUUUCUGGAAAAGUUGGAGGAGAAAGUAGGAGACCAUGCCCACUUCGUGACGUAUGCACCUACGUUCCGUAACGUCCCCCAGAGGAGACCUGCUUCCCACAUGCCCUUCCCUUCCUUGGAGAGCCCUUCUUUGUUCAGAGCACCCCCUAGCCCUGCCCAGCCCACCUGGCUCUUCUCUUUGACCCUGAGGGAGGUGCAAAUGUGCUGCCCCCCAGAACGGAAAGGUUUUGACCUCUUCUCUUUCUGUCUCCAGGCGGAAGCUUGCUGACCAGAAGACGCGGAAAUCCAUUGACUGGGUGGACUUCCGCCUUCUUCACUAUGCCGGAGAGGUGACCUAUUGCACUGUCGGUGAGAAAGCAAGAGCCCAGCCUCUGCUGGCUUGGAGGUGCCACGUUGGUGGUGGCACCAGACCAGACACACCAAGACCAGACCAGGUUAAAGAGUGUCGGAACUAAUCCCUAGUGACAUCCCAUGAAACGGAAUGUUGGAAGAUUCAGGACAUGUAAAAAGAAGUACUUCUUCACGCAACACGUAGUUAAACUAUGAAACUCCCUCUCACAAGAGACGGGGAUGGCCACCAACCUGGGUGGCUUUCAAAAAGCGUUGGGCGAAUUUGGAGCAGGAGGUUUUGGAUGGCUUCUAGCUACAAUAACUAUUCUCUGCCUCCACAUUCAGAGCCAGGCAUGCCGGGUUCUGCCCAACAUUGUGGGUGCCAGACGGAUCCCAUUGCAGCCACAGCAGGCCCCGCUGGGCUUUUUGGAAGGCGUAGCAGGCCCCAUUGGGCUUCCUUCUGUUAUGUAGGGCUGCACAAUAUUGAGGGGGCCUGGCCCCCUCAUGGAAAAUUUUUGGGGGAGCUCAGCCCCCACAGCCCCACAGAUAUGGCUCCCCUGGUCAGAGGCAGUGUUGCUGCCAAACGCUGCUUGCUGGUUUCCCACAGGCAUCUGAGUGGCCCCUGUGAGAACAGGAUGCUGGGCUAGAGGGCCCCCGCUGGCCUGAUCAGGAGGCUCAUCUGAUGUUCUGACAUUAACUAGCUACAUCUAGCACACGACGUUUAAUCCUCGGGCUAAAUUUCCAGUAACUCUCUUGGGCUGCUGGAGUGAAGAAAGGAGGAGUUCAGUCCCACAAGAUGUGGGGUGGGCAUCAGUUUGGGAUUUGCUUCACAGAGAAGACAACUAUCAAUGGCUCCUAGCCACUAUGAUUCUAUUUUUGUGUGUGUUUUAAUUCACUUUCGUUUCCCCACCCCACCCCACCCCAAUUCCAGGAUUCUUGGAGAAAAAUAAUGACUUGCUGUACCGGAACCUUAAAGAGGUAAACACAUCUUUUAAUUAUGUUAAUUUGUUUGGGCUUCUAUCCUGUCUUAUUUAUGAGACAUGAAUGGCUAAUUUAAAUAGCAACAUGGGCACAUGUUCUUACAUAUACAGUGGUACCUCGGUUUUUUAACGUCUCGGAAGUCGAACGUGCCAUGCGUCUUCCGUAUUGAGUUUUACGGAAGUAAGUGCUUCUGGAAGUAAAUGUUCAGUUUUCGAACAUUUUGGAACUUCAACGGUCUUCUGGAAUGGAUUACGUUAAAAAACUGAGGUACCACUGGAUAUUUAAAUACACAAACCCAGUACAUAAAUAAUACACAAAUUAUUUCAUGUAAAACAAAGGAUGUUUUAGGGGUCUGGUGUCUGGUCUGGCAACAACAGAUAAAACUACCUGAUUAGAGAUGUUAACGGAAAAUCUGAGGGCUCCCUUGGACAAAAACAAAGACACCAACCAGAGCAAUUGGAAGCAAAUCAGCAGCCAGUAGGCUUGGUCUUUAUUGAAGAAAAGACUGUUGCAACAGGGUGUUCCCCUCACUUGCAGGAGAGAGGAAAGACCCAGAAAGGUGGUGUGCAAGACCUUAUAAAAACUUUUGAAAUUCCCAUCCUCUAGGUCAAGCCCACCCCCAGAAACAUCAUGCAUACAUUACAGAAAGGAGGGGUUGAGGGAGGAGUUGUGGUGGUAACCUGAGUGUCCUGUCACCUGGCUGGUUCCUCCUUUCCUCCCCCCGGCCCAUGAGUCACUUCCAGGAGACAAAGGGAGUUGGCAGUUUCCUGCCCCCAGAGGGAAGAUCUGAUCAUUGUCCUUUGUUUCAGUCCAUGCUGAAUCCACUCCCAUAUGCAAGUUCUUUGUGAUCUUGAUGGUCUUCUGUCUAGGACCAUCAGGGUUGGCAUAGCAACUGGGCCGGGCUCCUGUGGAUGUGCUGGGAUGGUGAAGGGAUUAUGGCUGACCAGAACCCAGCCACCCCCCUUUGAUAGUCCUUGUCAUAUGGAGUAAAAUAAAAAUGGAACAGUGCAAAUCCAAUGUAUGGUUGAUUUUUCUAUGAAUUUAUAACAGAAGUGUGGCAUAUGUAGUGUGUGAGUGUGAGUGUGUGAAGUUUGUAUAAACUGAAUGAUUGGGGUGGGGGGGUUCCUGCUACAGAGAUAAGUAGAGAGAGUUUGGGGGUGACCGCCCCCCCGGAUCUCCCCCCCCCCUUAUAGGGUAGCUAGAUUUACUGUGUAGUGCAGUGCUGGUGGUGGACCCCCUCCCCUCUCUCCUCUCCAGCAAUCUUAAAUUGCCCCAAAGCAAACUUGAAACAUGAGCCAUGGUCUGGAGAGGAGACCCUUGGAAGCCCCAAGUGAGCCCCCGUUGCGAAUCUGUCCUUGGAUUCCUCCUCCUCUCCAGUCUCAACAGCAGCCAGUCUGCAUUCUGUGGGCACUGAAGACCCCAGCCCUCUUUGGAGACUGUUUUGGGAUGCUCCCCCCCCCCACGCCUUUCUUUUGAAAAAAAGAUUUGCAAGCCUCAGGGAUUUCCCUCCACCCAAGCUGCUGGGUGCUGCUGUUUUGCCUGCCUAAACAAUGGCACUCACAACUGUAGCAUCAGGAGUAGGAGGAAUGAUAGGUUUUAUAGUGUGAGGCUCUCAACGUGUGAUAAUUCUGGCGACUUGAAAGGAGAAUCCACGAUGUUCUGAUGGGAAUCCUCUUGUUUUCUAAAGUCAAAGCUUGGGUUAUGUUUCGUUUUAACAGCAAGAUCUGACUUGGGAUUUGCAAAUUUUCCAUGCCCCCCCCCAAAAAAUGUCCAUGAUUUUUAAAGGAGGUGUAUUUUCUCCAGCUUCCUGUGCCCCAUGCACGUCUAGAAAUUUUGCGUCAUUUCCCUCCCCCAGCAAAUUUUGAAUAGGCCCCCCGUGCUCUGAUCUUCCCAGUGACUUUGCUUUAUUUUCAUUUGAUCCCAGGUGCUGUGCAGGUCGAAAAAUGGGAUCCUCAGAGAAUGUUUCCACCUGACGGAGCUGGACAACCGAAGGAGGCCUGAGACUGUGAGUUUAUCCCAGGCAUAGGCAACCUAAGGCCCAUGGGCUGGAAGUGGCCCAUGGGGGUUGUUUAACCCGCCCAUGGACCCCCACCUCCCACUCGGUUGGCUCCUGUGUGCUGCACUAAACUGGCGCGGAGCAGAGCGGGGACCACCUUCUGCAACACUGGGCGGCUUCCCAUUGGCUGCAGGAAGCUCCUCUAGCCAAUGGGAAGCUGCGCACGCCUCUUCCGCGUCGGAAGGAGCGCUGGAAAUGGUGUCUGCAGGAUCGCGAACCGGCCCAUGCCCCCAAAAUGUUGCUGACCCCUGGUUUAUCCUAUACAUUUGGGCCUAGAUGUCAGGGCUGAGCUUGAUGCAAGCUUCAAGUGACGUAGCUUGAAACUUCAACAGUUUUGUGGAAAGUGGUGGGGAGGGGGGGCCUUAAUUAAAAAAAAACCUUUAUUGCCUUUGCUAACAACUGAAAAGUGCAGUGCCAUAUGCAAUGCAAACAAACAAUAAAUACUAAGGGAAAGACAUACCAAUAUAAACUGAGACAUCCAUAUUUCCCAAGGUGGCAUGGAUGGUGAAUGCGGGGGCAUUUGAGUCUGAAGCACAGGAAAUAAAAUCCAGCCAGAUGACAUGAAAGUGCUCUGGAUCCUCCACCUCCCUGGAGGCACGCAGCUUAUGUGUAAUUUUUUCCUACAAUAGCCUGAGUCCCUAAGUUCUUAUACCACAAGGACAAAUGUAGAUCCCCUCCCCCGGGGGGGUUUAAUUGCUGAGCUUUUGAAAUGCCAGCAGCAUCUAACAUCCACGUCAAAAGCUCUUUUGGGAGACAAGCUUUCAUGUUGUUUCGGAAUAUGUGGAGAGACGACAGUUGUGGGGAAGCCAGGGCACGUGGUUUAAGAUAUUUCUUCAUAUGCUUGAGAUCAAAAUAUAGUGGUACCUCGGCUUAAGAACUUAAUUUGUUCCGGAGGUCUGUUCUUAACCUGAAACUGUUCUUAACCUGAAGCACCACUUUAGCUAAUGGGGCCUCCCGCUGCUGCUGCGUCGCCAGAGCAUGAUUUCUGUUCUCAUCCUGAAGCAAAGUUCUUAACCCGAGGUAUUAUUUCUGGGUUAGCGGAGUCUGUAACCUGAAGCGUAUGUAACCCGAAGUACCACUAUAAUGAAACCAGAGGGCAUUCCCACCACAGAUGGAAGGAUGUCCCCAGAACUCACAGUCCCACCAGCAAUCCUGUAUUAAUUGGAGGGGGACACUUUUAUUUUUACAUUUUUAUGAUUUGUCCUUGCAACUGUACUUCCUAGGUGACAUUCUGUGUAACUGUUUUGAAUGAGUCCUUUCUAUUUGCUCAGGUGGCAACUCAGUUCAAAAACAGCCUGGCUAGUUUGAUAGACAUCCUCAUGUUGAAAGAACCUUCCUACAUUCGAUGCAUUAAACCCAAUGAUGACAAAGCGGCUGGUAAGGUUGUCUCUGGGAACUCAGCAGAAGGGUACAUUGUGUUAAUAAUAAUAAUAAUAAUAAUAAUAAUAAUAAUAUGCAAAGCUCUUUGCUCUGGCUGGCAGAGGUCUGCGGUGAUGGGGACCUGUUCUAGACCUACUAACCAGAAAACAUUUUAGCUUAAGAUGCAACCAUAGGGUCAAGCUUCCCUUCCUCUUCAACUUCUAUCCUUCCCCACAAAAUGCCCAAUACUAUAAUUGGAAUAAGGAAAGGCAGGACGGGGGGGACUUUUAAAAGAAGUAAGAAAUGCAGUUCCUCCUUGGCAUAACUGAGUGCAUGUCUGGGUUUUCCCACUGAGAGGAUCUCUGGGAGAAUAUAUAUUCUUAUUGGAUUGAGGGGUUGUUUUGGAUGAUUUCUUUGGGUCCCAACCAACCCUGUGGUUUUGUGCCUGCAAGACUGUAGUUUGUAGGGACUGCUGCAAUGAUUAGCCCAGAUAGUGGCCGUAGCCAGGCCAGCAAACACUCCAUUUACAUGUCUAAAGAGCAGGUGAAGGACAGAUGUGUUGCUACGGGCACAAUCAGCUUGCAAUGCUCUUUCAGAAAUGGCGUAGGGCUCCACCUCCGUCAUCUGGCUGGAUGCCACAUCAUCCUGGGGUGGGAGAAGAACAAGCCAAGGAGCUAGUCUUUCUUUUUAUCCUGGACUGAAGCUGGAAGCUGGAAAGGAGAGGCGUGACUUGCUCUGUGUGCAGAAGCCAAAGCGAUGGCUUGAGGGGGGCACCCCUAGAAACCUAACAGGGACGUGAGAUCUGUUGGGGUAUUCAUGCUGUGAGUCUCUUGGUUUUAUGCUUGGGUUGUAUAUAUGUGUGUGUGAAUAAAACCAUAUAUCCUAAAGACAAUACAGUCUCUAGUGACCUCCAUUCCAAGGAAACUGAACCCUGGGUAACGAUAGGCACCAUCCCAGUCUCCAGGUGGUGAGAAUCCAGCAGUUUCCAGCCACUCGCCCAGUUUUGGUUUCCUGGGAAUGGGGGCAGCAGACUCACAGCUUUGGAUCCAGCACAGAGCAGGCAAAUCUCUGCAUCUCUGUGUCCCCAGCUUCCAGCCUGCUUUCAGCUCAGCUGACACACACAACUCUGGCUGUUGUUCUGCUACCUAGCAGCCAGAGGAGGGGAGGGGGGUGAAGGAAAGCCUCUGGAGGGCACUGUCGCUUUGUUGUAGCUCUUGCAACCUUGCGUAUUCUUUGGGGAUACUUUGGGUCACUGUCUCACAAAGAAACUUGUCUGAUCAGUUCAGCAACCUACUCCAUUAGACUCCAGCCCUCGCUGGGGAUGGGGAUCCAAAAAAUUGGAAGGGACUCAGAGCAUAAUCCAGAAUCACCACCCCCCCAACAACCAUAUGUAUCUUAAUGGUGUAAAAGGAGAAGGGAGCUCAUGGCUUGGCCAGCCUCUUCCCUUGGGUCAGUUGCCUGCUCGCUCUCUCUCUCUCUCUCUCUCUCUCUCUCUCUCCUAACUUAAAAGUUUGCACACAGCGGCAGAGGAAGCUGCUCUGGUGCCUGGGACAACGCGCCCAGGGUGGGGCCAGCCGCCCAUAGGGGCGGUGCGCACCGCAGGGCCUCCAGAGUCUGCCUGCCUCCUCCCACUCAGCCGUCCUACAACUGGGGGGGAGGCAGUGGGCGGACUGUUUGGGCAGCGUGGAGCCUGUGUGUGCCCAAGUCAUAGAAUCAUAGAAUCAUAGAGUUGGAAGAGACCACAAGGGCCAUUGAGUCCAACCCCCUGCCAAGCAGGAAACACCAUCAGAGCACUCCUGACAUAUGGUUGUCAAGCCUCUGCUUAAAGACCUCCAAAGAAGGAGACUCCACCACACUCCUUGGCAGCAAAUUCCACUGUGGAACAGCUCUUACUGUCAGGAAGUUCUUCCUAAUGUUUAGGUGGAAUCUUCUUUCUUGUGUUUUUGGAUCCAUUGCUCUGUGUCCGCUUCUCUGGAGCAGCAGAAAACAACCUUUCUCCCUCCUCUAUGUGACAUCCUUUUAUAUAUUUGAACAUGGCUAUCAUAUCACCCCUUAACCUCCUCUUCUCCAAGCUAAACAUGCCCAGCUCCCUUAGCCGUUCCUCAUAAGGCAUCGUUUCCAGGCCUUUGACCAUUUUGGUUGCCCUCCUCUGGACACGUUCCAGUUUGUCAGUGUCCUUCUUGAACUGUGGUGCCCAGAACUGGACACAGUACUCCAGGUGAUGUCUGACCAGAGCAGAAUACAGUGGCACUAUUACUUCCCUUGAUCUAGAUGCCAUACUCCUAUUGACGCGGCCCAGAAUUGCAUUGGCUUUUUUAGCUGCCGCGUCACACUGUUGGCUCAUGUCAAGUUUGUGGUCAACCAAGACUCCUAGAUCCUUUUCACAUGUACUGCUCUCAAGCCAGGUGUCACCCAUCUUGUAUUUGUGCCUCUCAUUUUUUUUUGCCCAAGUGCAAUACUUUACAUUUCUCCCUGUUAAAAUUCAUCUUGUUUGUUUUGGCCCAGUUCUCUAAUCUGUCAAGGUUGUUUUGAAGUGUGAUCCUGUCCUCUGGGGUGUUAGCCACCCCUCCCAGUUUGGUGUCAUCUGCAAAUUUGAUCAGGAUGCCCUUGAGUCCAUCAUCCAAGUCGUUGAUAAAGAUGUUGAAUAAGACCGGGCCCAAGACAGAACCCUGUGGCACCCCACUAGUCACUCUUCUCCAGGAUGAAGAGGAACCAUUGAUGAGCACCCUUUGGGUUUGGUCAGUCAGCCAGUUACAAAUCCACUGAGUAGUAGCAUAGUCAAGACCGCAUUUUACCAGCUUCUUUACAAGAAUAUCAUGGGGCACCUUGUCAAAUGCCUUGCUGAAAUGAAGGUAGGCUUCAUUUCCCUUCAUCUACCAGGCUUGUAAUUCUGUCAAAAAACGAGAUCAGGUUAGUCUGACAUGACUUAAUCCCAGGAGAGACGUGUGGUUCAGGCCCCGCAGUGAGCGCCGCCUGGCAUUUUGUCACCCCCCUCAGUGGUGACACCUGGGGCAGACCGCACCCACCACACCCCCUUCCUCCGCCCCUGUUUGCACAUGUGCCCUCAUCCAGCUGGUAGCAAUAACCUCUUGUCCUUGGUGUGGGUUUUGUCUUUUGCAGACAAAUUUGAUGACUCCUUGAUAAGGCACCAGGUGAAGUACCUGGGCCUGAUGGAGCACCUGCGAGUGAGGCGAGCCGGCUUCGCUUACCGUCGGAAGUAUGAGCACUUUCUGCAAAGGUGAGGCCUAAAGCUCUCUCCCCACCCUUGUUUCCAGCAACUGGUAUUCAGAAGCAUCACUGCCUCUGACUCUGGAGGCAGGGCAGAGCUGCCUGCGUCACGGCUGGUUGGAGGCAGCAAGGCUUCUGAAUACCAGUUGCUGGAAACCAAAGAAGGGGAGAGUUGCUCUUGUGCUCCAGUCCUGCUUGGGGCUUCCCACAGAGGCAUGUGGUUGGCCUCUGUGAGAACAGGAUCCUGGUCUAGGUAGGAUAUUGGCCUGAUCCAGCAGGCUUUGAUUACAUUCUUACUUUCACUGCAUCAACUGCCCUAUAGGCAAAGUAAAGGGAGGUUUCAUGGACUGGUUGGUCACAGAGUUGUGGUGGGAGGAACCAGCUGGGGACCCCCAAGGGAAGAAGGUUUGGGGCCUGGGGAGUGGGGGUGGGACGACAAUGAGGGGUCAGAGGGAGAAGAGGGAGCAGACUGGCAGGAGGCGGUGCUGGAAGAGGCCACAGGGUUUGGUGAGCAGGAAGAGUCUGUGGCGGAGAGCGGUCCAGGCUCAGAGGCAGGAGAGGACGGGGCCCAGGAGACAGCGUUGAGAAGAAGCCGGGGAGUCUCCCCUUCUUGCUGUGACCAGUUCCCCUUCGCCACGGUCUAGAACACGCCAAGGAAAGAGAGAGAAGCAGACAGAGCCUUAAGCUGCUGGGGAAGGAACUGGGUGAGGAGCCUUAGAGAGCGGUGGGAAAGAGGGACCUUCAGCCCUUGCAAAUGCCUCAUGGGGGCAAGGGCUGCUGGCAGUCACCACUAGGCCUGCGCUGCUUUGCUUCUUUGAACAAAGAGUUAACUUCACUGAUACCGUGUUUUGCUUUGAGUACACUUGACUCCAGCUUCUGAGAGGGGGGUCAGAAGUGGGUCAGGAGAUUUGCUUGGAACACACUUUCCUUUAGUCCCUGAAUUUAUUUAUAAUUUUGUUUUUAGGUACAAGUCCCUGUGUCCAGAUACCUGGCCUUACUGGCAAGGGACGGCUGCCAAAGGAGUUGAGAAGCUAAUCAAGCAUAUUGGCUACAAGCCAGAAGAGUACAAAAUGGGAAAGUAAGAGCAACAUACAAAUAGGCAUUAGGAUAAAUUGCUUGCAAAAAUGUGUACAUUGGGCAAAAUAUUACAGAAGAGUGUCUGUUAGGAGAAAUGUGUGCUAAAAAUCUGGAAGUGUUUUCAUGAGGACUGCAAAUGGAUGUGGAAAUGUGGUGAACUGAACUUAAAAGGGGGAAAUUUUGUCCAUCUCUUCCUGGGAGUUCUUAAAUUUGGUGAGACCACCCUCAGAGCAAAUGAUAGAAUUUUGGGUGCCUGCAUCUCAUUGCAUGAUUUUCUCUUGUUUAGGACCAAAAUAUUCAUCCGUUUCCCAAGAACACUGUUUGCCACAGAAGAUGCCUUUGAAUUUAGAAAAAAUCGGCUAGGUAUGUAAUUUGCCCACUUUUGAUCUUGCAAAUCCCCAAAAGUCAUUUUUAACUGAAUAUUUUGAUGCCACCUUGUUUCUGUGAGGGUUUGCCCUAGGCAGCAUCUGAGAAGACCACAGCCUUGCAGUUCACAUGGCCUGAAGGAAAUUUAGGAUUGCUAAAAGCAGGUGGAUUUUGCAACUAGGAAUGGAGGAGAAUUUUAUUUGGUCUGCAGUUUUACAUGAGCUGAUUUAAUUUGCACAGAUCAGAAUGUAAACAUCCUCCAGAUUUUGCACUUCUUUGGAUUUUUCAGUACAGCUCUUGGCUAAAGAUAUAAACAAAAAUCCACGUAAAAUGCAUUUUUUAGGAUAAAGCGUUUAGAAGUGUGUGCCUUGACAUACAAUCCUUGUUUAGAUAGGUAUUUUGCAAUGGAAUGUGUAAAUUGAUUUUUUGUGCAGAUUUUUUAAAAAGGAAAUUUGUAGAUUACUUCAGAAAUUUAUGGGGAUGUCUGUUUGAAUCAGAGGCAGCAGCAGUGGAAGAGAUGGGACCUUCAUGGAGUCUAAUGCUUUGAACCCCUCCAUCAUAGGCUCAGGUUGCAUAUAUGUGUAAAUGAACCAUAUAUCAUAAAGACAGCACAGUCUCUGCUGGGACUCAUUGUCCAAAACGAAACGCAGACCCGGCUAAGUGCCUGGAACUCCCUUGCAUCCUGCUCUGCUGUGGAAAUUGAAGGUGGUGUGUGACAAUCUUCGUCUAUCUAUCUACCAACUAAUUGUUUUGUUCACCUCCUCAGCCUUCCCUCGACAUAGCCCCACCAGAAGCAUUUUAGGCUUCUGUCCUUCAAGGGUGGAGAACGAGUGGCUGGACUCCUGCUCUCAUCCUGCCCCUGACCAUUGUCUGCGCUGGCUGCCAGGGCGGAGGGGAGCUGGGAGCCCAGCAGCAUCUGAACAGCCGUCGCAAGUUGCCUGUCCCAGGUUUAAAACUAGACUUGGAAUGUAGACUUUCACCUCACAAAUACCGUACUUUUUGCCCUAUAGGAUGCACUUUUUCCCCUCCAAAUUGAAGGGGAAAUGUGUGUGCGUCCUAUAGGGCGAAUGCAGGCUUUCGCUGAAGCCUGGAGAGCGAGAGGGGUUGGUGUGCACCGACCCCUCUCGCUCUCCAGGCUUCGCACAGCUCUCCGCAAGCCAUGGGAGCCCGCGCUGGGCUCUCACGGCUUGCGGAGAGUUGCCUGCAUGCUGAAGCCUGGGCGCACUGAGCUCAGCGCGUCCAGACUUCGUGCGGCUCUCCGCAAGUCGCGGGAGCCCGGCGUUGGGCUCCCGCGGCUUGCGGAGAGUUGCCUGUUCUGGGGGCUGGGGUAGGGGGAAGCUCGGGCUCCCCCCCCCUUUAUUUCCCCCCCAAAACACUAGGUGCACCUUAUGGGACGGUGCGUCCUAUAGGGCGAAAAAUACGGUAUAUUUUCAGGGAAAUUUAAGCUCUGGAUUCCUGCGGAAGGUGGCAGACUCUCCUUCAUUGGAGGUUUUUUAAACAGAGCUUGGACGGCCAUCUGUGAUGGAUUCUUUAGCUGAGAUUCCUGCAUUGUAGGGGAUUGGACUAGAUGACUCUUGGGGAUCCCUUCCAACUCUACCAUUCUCUAAUUCCCAGCUGCUUUUCCUUUUCAGUUUCCAGAAUACAAGCCAAAUACAAAGGAUGCUUAGGGAAGCGUGAGUUCCAAAAGAUGAGGGAAGCAGGUAAGUAGCAGAUCUUAGCUGCAAAAACCCCAGGGGGAUCUUGCUUGGUUUUGUACCAAUUCGGGAUUUUUAAAUAAAAAAUGCAUUAUUUGGAAUUGAGACCCAAAACGUCUUUAUUUCAAAUGCUGGUUUCUAACAUUCAGCUUCUUGCUGCAAUUCUGAAUGUUACUAACGAACAUUAAUUUGCUGCAUAUUUAUUGAUUUGAUGUAAACAAUGGUUAGCCCCCUCUUCAGCUGGAAAGUGUCCCAGACUGCAGAGGCGGAGCAAGGUCAAGUGGUACCCAGCGUGGAAAUUUUUUUAUCACGCUCCCCCCAUUGACGGCUUGGGGUAGGCUUGGGCGUUCUGGGCGGGCAGCACACCGAAAGUCACCCCCCUCAGCAAUGACACCCAGGGGGGUCCGCCUCCCGCCCCCCUUCCUACGCCUCUGCUAGAAUGUAGCAGAAACAAGGUGGUCCCUGCUCUCAGGCUUACAGUUUAAUAAAAUAAAACUUGGCCCCCUGUUCUUAGUUACAAGUUCUUUUAGUGCCUAGAUGGAUUGGAAACGGGUCAAGGAGGGGGUGGGUAACUUUCCUUUCCUUUACAGAUUCCCAUUUCAGCUGGGACAUGAGCACUGGAGAACAUACUUGGGGUCUACUCUCCUGAAUUAAUUUCUUUGUUCAGCUUCUCUGUUUCCUAGUUUUCAGAAUAGUGCAGCUGAACAAAGAAAUUAAUUCAGUGUUUACUUGGGUCUUCAGCAAGAACCGCGCAUUGUUGCCCUCUGCUGUCUGUCCUCUGCCACAAUUAUGUGACAUUAUUAUUCAUUGAUAUUACUUACAAGCAGCUUCACAAUAAAAUAUUUAAAACUCUAUAAAAUAACUGUUAUGUUGAAGUGGGAAGGGGGGAACCUUUGGCCCUCCAGGCAGUGGCAUAGGAAGGGGGGUGCGGUGGGUGUGGGCUGCCCCAGGUUUCAUCACUGAGGCGGGUGACAAAAUGGCAAAAAUAUGUGUUUUUAAAAUAAAUAAAUAAAAUUUGGGCUCCCAACACUUUUUUUAAAACAACAACUCCUGCACCCCCCUUCCUACGCCACUGGUAGCCAGGUGAGGCGGGGGCACUGGGCUUCAUACCACGGGGCCUGCAGCGGGCCUGAGCCAUGCGUCUCUCCUGAGGGCGGACUGCCUGCAAGCUCCGCGGUGCUUUUUCGAGCAGCCUGGGGCUUGCGUCUGCCCACCACCUCAGCCGCCCUACAGCUGAGGGGGAGGCUGCGGAGGGGCUCCACGCAGCGCACCCUCCCUUGGCUCGCCCCGCCCCCAUGGGCAGCUUGCCCUGCCCCUGGCUGCAGGAUGCGUGCAUCGCACUGGGCACCCGAGCAGCUAAGCUAUGCUGCUGCCCCCAGCGGUUUCUGAACCGCACCUCCCAGCAUGGGGAUUCCAAAACCCUGAUGUUGGCCCUCGCACACACUUCAGAAAACUUUAUUUUUUAGAAAAGAUAGGGGGAAAGCAGGCAGAAGGUCGAAAUGGACCUCACAAUGAACCAGAGCACUGUGGCUCUAAAACUGGGCUAAACAUAGCCUAUUUGCCACACUGUGGUUGUUUGGUUUACUUACAAGUAGUCAACAAGGAUGGUCAAUUUUAUAGAAAGUCCAGUCUGGAUCCCUGAGGGUGGGAAGGCAGCUCAGCCUUUUAAAGUCUCUCUCCUGGGAGGGAGUGACUUCUGUCCCUUCCUGACCCGUGAGAACCCGAGUCAGUUGCUCAGGUCCCUCCGUCUCUCGGGUACUUAUGACCCCUCUUUGGCUUGGGAUGAGGAAAAAAGGAUCGUAUUUUUCUGUGUAUAAGACUAUGGUUUUUUUAUUAGAAAUAUAUGUUAAAAAUGGGGGGUCGUCCUACACACGGAUAGUGCAGAAGGGGGAUGGGUGAUUGUUGGCAGCUGUGAGCCGCAAGGCCUGCUGUUGAUUGGCUGCUGCAGCAAUUGGGCGGUCAUUUGGUGUUUGCUGGCGGCGAGCGGACAGAUGAUUGGUCAAGGCAUGCAAUUGGCAGUGGUGUUCAGGAGGGUGAGCGAUUGUCGGCAAUCCCCCCCACAAAACUCAACAACUCCUCCCCACAAAGCUUAACCAUUCUGGGCAAUCUCCCCCCAUUUCCUUAACUUGGAGUCCCAAAAAAUAGGGGUCGUGGCAGCUUGACUUGGAGGAAUGGUGGGGCAGGUCAGGGCUUUCGCAUCCCUCUUGGCAGCCCCUCUUUCUUCUUGCUCUGCCCUUGUGCAAAAGGGUCCUCUUGCCCCUCCAUGGUGACUCUCUCUGUUUCGCAGCCAUUAAACUGGAGUCCUGCUGGAGAGGAGUCCUGGCCCGGAAGCUGGCCAAAAAGAGGAUGUGGGCAGCCCAGACCAUCCGGAAGUAAGCUGGCUUGUUUGUUUGUUUGUUUCAUUCAAUUUACAUUGGAUUGCUGAAUUGUAAAGCAAAGCAAAACCUCAGAGUGGUUUACAAGAAGACUAAAACAAUGAAAUUAUCAGUAAAAUGGACCACUCCUGUAGGUACAUCAGAGGCUUCAUCCACCGGAAGCAACCCUUGAACCGCAAUAACAAGGACUUUGUGAGGCUUGUGCAGUACACCUACCUUAUGAAACUCAGAGAUCACAUCCCAAAGAACGUCCUGGACAAAAGCUGGCUUAAGCCUCCAGAGAUCAUGCAAGAGGUGAGAGCUGUUAGAACCUCCAUGUUCAGAGCUACUGUACCUGUGAAUGCGGGUCGCUGGGGAACAAGAGUGGGAGGGGGGCAGCUGCCUUUCAAGCCCUGCUUGCAGGUGUCCCGCAGUGCCUGGCUGGCCACUCUGAGAUGCUGGGCAAGAGGGGCCUUUGGUCUGAUCCAGCCCUUCUCAUGUUAGCUGAGGGCACUGAUGAAGGGCAGGAAUUUGAACCAAAGCUCAGCCGUCCUUUGGAAUCUGCAAUUCUCCAAAUUUUGCAAUGCAGUUCUCCAGCCAAGGCACAUGUAGGGAAAUAGGCAUAUACUAAAGUUUGGUGUUGGUCCAUGGGGUCACGAAGAGUUGGACACGACGAAACGACUAAACAACAACAACAAAGUUUGGUGUACACAAAGAUGCCUCUUCACUGAAAAUAGCACCCAAUAUUAUGUUAGAUGUGUAUGUAUAUAUAUUUAACAGAAAACACAAUAUGUACAUAUUUUGGCCAAACUGCUUGUAUAUGUUGGGAGAAAUUUGCACUAAAAUGCUGAGGAAUUGUCACAAGGACUUUCCUGGAAGGAGGGAAAGUGGAGAGUGGCUGGAAAAAUGCAAAACAGAGAGAAACUAAGAUUGGCAGAUUUGCCCAUUCCCAGGGCAGACUGAGAUCAAGCUGCAGGGGCCUUACGGAGCUGAAAUUCAGUGCUGUUUGCAGUCCCAAUAUGGCAUGGAAGGUCACAGGUCCCCCAUCACUGCUAAAAGCUUGCCUUAUCCCCAUCUUGCCUGGUGCCACCUGCUCUGACUGGCAGCUGCUCUCUCAAGCUGAAGUCUUCACUAGCCAGAAACCGGGACUUGAACCUGAGGCCUUCUGCAUGCUGCUUUAAGGCCCCUUCCCAAACAUCCAUCUUGUCCCACUUCAAAUGACAGAUUACACUCCCCCCCCUCUCAACCUAGACAUCUGAGUUCCUGAGAAAGAUCUGCACAAGAAACCUUGUCCGGAAAUAUUGCCGUGGCAUCACAGCACAGAAGAAGGCACAGGUAAAGUCUGGGCUUUUGAGUUUUUGUGGGGCUCAAUUCUUAAAAUGAACGGUGUUGGGAGCUGGAAUCUGUCCUGUGUACAUCCCCCUGGCUCCUAGUUGCAUCUACUGUUGUUGUGCUGACAGUGCACUCUGCAAAGGCUCAGAGGUGCAGAGGCUUGGGAGCUCUCAGAAGGGCCAAAGACCUCCACUGCAGCUCUCUCACAUAAUUAUUAUUAUUAUUAUUAAUUAAUUAAUUAUUUAUACAUACAUACAUACAUACAUACAUACAUACCCUGCCCAUCUGGCUGGGUUUCCCCAGCCAUUCUGGGUGGCUUCCAACAAAAUAUUAAAAAUACAAUAAAACAUCAGACAUUAAAAACGUCCCUCAACAGGGCUGCCUUCAGAUGUCUUCUAAAAGUCAGAUAGUCGUUUAUUUCCUUGACAUCUGAUGGGAGGGCGUUCCACAGCGCAGGUACUACUACCGAAAAGGCUCUCUGCUUGGUUCCCUGUAACUUAGCUUCUCACAGUGAGGGAACCACCAGAAGGCCCUGGUUUCCUUGUGGGGAAAGACCAGGACAGUUAAAAGCAAUUCUUUUCAUGGAAAAUCAAAUACUCUUGUGACAAGAGCUGCCAGAGGUUUGGGGUUUCUUCCAUUCCCCUGAGCCAGUAGUUUUCAACCCGUGUGCCAUGGCACCCUGGCGUGCCUUGAAUGAUGGCCAGGGGUGCCGCAGGCAACACUGGUCUCCGUCCCCCUUUCCUUCCCUCUCUCCUCUGAUGCCCUCUCAAGUCUCUGCCUCCCAAAGGCUUGCACAGCUGUUUGUUGCACCAGCCCUAGCUACAAGCUCCAUGGGCAAAAGGUGCCUCUGGGGCUGGCCAGGGGGUGCUGGUUGUCAGGAGUUGAGGCGGCCUCUGAGUAAGCAAGCAAGCGGGCCAGGGAGCCUAGCCAGGCAGUCCGCCAGCUGUUGGGAAUGGACAGACAGGUCCCAGGCCCCUGUGGGGCAGUGUGAGGAGGCCCCUCUCUUUGGGGCAGGGGGGGGGCAGCUCAGAGACCAGGGGACUCCUAAGGAGAGGAGAGGAAUACUCCACAAAGGAGGGUGUUCCCAAAAGGGUGAGAGGCUGCUAGCUCUGGAGGAAGGGGUUACAUAACUGGGCUCCUGAGCCCCAUAGGGGUGCCACCGAAACAAUGUAGUUGGUAAAGGGAGCUGUGGACUCAAAAAGGUUGGAAACCUCUGCCCGAAGCAUAUGUUUAAAGUGCAUUCCCACAGAAUCCUGGCAACUGUCAUCUGUUAAGGAUGCUGAGCAUUGCCAGGAGUCCGCUAUUCCCCUCACAGAGCCACAGUUCCCAGAGUUCCCUGGGAGGGACUGAUUGUUAAAGCACUCUGGGAAUUGUGGGGGGGAAUAGGGCUUAGAAUCAUAGAAUCAUAGAAUCAUAGAAUCAUAGAAUCAUAGAGUUGGAAGAGACCACAAGGGCCAUCGAGUCCAACCCCCUGCCAAGCAGGAAACACCAUCACAGCACUCCUGACAUAUGGUUGUCAAGCCUCUGCUUAAAGACCUCCAAAGAAGGAGACUCCACCACACUCCUUGGCAGCAAAUUCCACUGUCGAACAGCUCUUACUGUCAGGAAGUUCUUCCUAAUGUUUAGGUGGAAUCUUCUUUCUUGUAGUUUCUUCAUGCCUCUCAACACCCUUGACAAACUACGGCUCCCAGAAUCCUUUGCGGGAAGCUAUGGCUGUUUAAAGUGGUAUCGUGGUGCUUUAAAUGUAUAGUGCCAAGGUGGCCUCAGACUGCCCCCCUUCAACAGAGGAUGCAUGACAGAAAUGGCGGUUGCAUCCUGCCGUUUGCAAUGGAUGCCCUCGUGAGGUGGCGCCACCAUGCACCUGGCCUCCAUUGGCUAACUGGGUGGGGCAAAGCAGCGACGAGGUUGGUGUUGUACAAAUUGCAACCAAUCAGCAAGCAGAAUUGACGCUUUAUGGGUGUCUAAAGAACUUCUAUUAAAAGUAGCAAAACCAGAGAUCCUACCGAGAACCAUUUCUCAUCAUAAGUCAGUCAUGUUAACACUAAGAGGAGAGAUGAAAAAAACCAAGAUGGAGUCUCAAUGAAAACUUAUUAAAUGAUGAAGAAAUUUUACAGAAAGCAAAAAAGACAUUGAGAGAAUUUUUAAAGUUUAAUAUGAAUCAAGGUACAGAUAUUAAAGUAGUGUGGGAUGCUGGAAAAGUGGUGAUUAGGGGAUUCUUUUUUCAACAAAAUAUGUUUCAAAAAAGAAUGAGGGAGAAGAGAAAAACAGAAAUUUUAGAAGAGAUAACAAAAAAGAAAGAAAAAGAACUCCUAAAGAAUCCAGGAAGCGAACAAUUAAACAGAGUAUUAAAUUGUUACAAACACAAUUUGCAACGAUCAUUGACCAAGAAAUUUAUUGGAAAAUCAAAGUAUUAAAACAGAAAUUUUGAAUUUGCAAAUAAGCCCAGAAAAUUACUAGUGUGGCAACUCAAGAAAAACAGAGUGAAAGAGUCGUUAAGAGGCUGAGAAUAGGAGAGAGAACAAUAGAUGAUCCAAAUGAGAUUGUGAAAGCUUGGUAAGAUACUACAGAGAUUUAUACCAAAAACGAGAGGCAAACCAUGAAAAGAUAGAAGAAUUUUUAAAACAUACCAAUCUACCAAAAAUAUCAAGUGAAAAAAUGAACAUGCUUAAUGCGCCAAUUACGAUCUUUGAAAUUCAAUCUGCAAUUAAAAAAGCAAAAGUAGGAAAACCCCCAGGUUCGGACUUACUUUCAGCCGGUUAUUGUAAAAAAUUGGAAGAUCUUAUUAAGUUGUGGGCGAACAUGUCAGACGACACAGCGAUUCUUUAAACAGCUCUUCUUUAUUCAGAUGCCAGAACAGAACUGGCUGAGGAGCUCAGUCAGCCUGCUUAUAUAGAGCUCCAGAACAAUGCAACUGUUGCCAUUUUCUAAAACUAUCCAAUCACUGAACGUCACUUUUCGAUCCUUCAUUUGCAUAACUAUCUACCGUAUCCCCCUGCUGGCCCAGGGUGAGAACUUCAGUACAUAACACUUAUAUUGUUCCCACUAAAAGACAUGAUGAAUAUUUUAGUUAAUGGGAAAACACCAGUUUCAUGGUCAGAGGCCUAUAUAACGCUCAUUCCUAAGCAAGGGAUGGAUUUACAGCAGGGGUCAGCAAACUUUUCGGAGGGGGCUGGUUCACCAUCCCCCUGACCUCGUGGUGGGCCGGAGUGCGCGCACGCGGCGGAGGAGGCUUCUCUCUCCCCCCCCCUCCCCUGCCCUGCCCACCUCUGCUGCUCUGCCUGCGGUUGGGGGACGGCGGCAGCGGCACCCCUCCUUUUUGGGCCAGCUUUUCCGGGUGCCAGGCUUCCUAUUAAAGCCCAGCCCCCUUCCUCCGCAGGACGGGGAGAAGCCAGGAAGAGGGAGGGAGGAGGGAGGCCGCCAUAGUGAGGGAGGAAGGGCAAAAAAAUGGCGCCCAAAUUGUUUUUGAAAAAAAUUGGUGAUUGCGCCUAUCCAAGCGGUGAUUGCAGAACCGUUCACGGGCCAGAUUCAGAGGGCAAUUGGGCCGAAUCUGGCCUGCGGACCUUAGUUUGCCGACCCCUGAUUUACAACUUUGCACCAAUUAUAGGCCAAUUUCAUUACUUAAUAGUGACUACAAGAUCUUUGCGGAUAUCUUAGCAGAAAGACUAAAAAAGGUUCUGAAGGAAAUAAUGGUUUUUUACCUGGAUGCCAAAUGCAAAAUUAUAUAAGAAACAUCAUUAACAUCUUAGAAUACUUGCAAUCCAGAAACAGUAAGCAAGCAGCAUUAAUGCUGGUUGACACAGAAAAGGCGUUCAAUAAUAUUUCCUGGAGGUCAAUGGGUUUUGGCGAAACCUUUGUCAGAGGAAUACUGUAGAGGCAGUAUAUUCUGGACAACAGUCCAGACUUAUAAUAAACGGAAGGGAACUAGACAAGGGUUUCCUCUAUCCCCAUGACUGUGUAUCUUGGUGUUGGAAAUUCUGAAUAGGAAAAUAAGGAAUGAUGUAGGUAUAAGAGGUAUAGUAUUGGGAGGAAAAUCUUACAAAUUGAGAGCCUACGCUGAUGACCUUAUCAUUACUACGGAAAAUACCAAAGAAAGUUUUCCGAAAGUGAUUGAGGUGAUAAAAGAAUUUGGACAGGUGGCUGGUUUUAAAAUUAACUGUAAAAAACCCGAAAUUUGUUAGUUAAAAAUAUGGAGUUGCAGGGGAAAAAAUGAAAUUUAAAAAAUCACUGGAUUAGAGGUGAAGAAGAAAGUCAAGUGCUUAGGGAUUUGGCUAACAGCAAAUAAUAUCAACCUAUAUGAGGAAAAUUACAUAAAGACUUGGAAUGAGAUAAAAAGAAAUUUGGAAAUUUGGGAUAGACUACAUCUUUCUUUUUGGGGAAGAAUCUCCACAAUUAAGAUGAAUGUCCUUCCGAUAAUUAUUUUUUUGUUUCAGACUAUUCUGGUGUUAGGGGGAAUACACUGCUUUAAGGACUGGCAACGAGACAUUUCGAAAUUCAUAUGGCAAGGGAAAAGACCUAGGAUUAAGCAUGAACUAUUACUUGAUGUUAAGGGGAAAGGGUUUUUUUCCUUACCUGACCUCAAAUUAUAUCACGAUGCAGCGUGCCUAACUUGGAUUCGUGAAUGGGUAGUACUGCAAAACACAGACCUGUUGGAUAUAGAGGGGUUUGACAACCAUUAUGGUUGGCACGUAUAUCUGGUUUAUGACAAGGUGAAAGUCCACAAGGGUUUUUUGAAUCAUACGAUAAGAAAAUCCCUUUAUAAAGUAUGGGCUAAAUAUAAAGAUUUACUCAAACUGAAAACCCCUUGGUGGCUUUUCCCUAUACAAGCUUUCGCAGUUAAGAAAAAAAAAAUCUGGGACAUUAUAUAUAAUGAACUUUAAAAAAUCUUUAUAUGUUCAUUCCAAAAAACCCCAGAAGUCUUCCUGUUGGGAAUCAUGUUUAAUGAAAUCCCGAAAAUGUUUAGAAGAAUUUUCAUGUAUGCAUCAAUGGUGGCUAGAAUUUUGAUAGCAAAAAAUUGGAAAGGAGAAGUGAUACCCACCAAAUUAGACUGGCAGGUGAAGAUGAUAGAAUAUAUAGAACUAGCCAAAAUGACUGGCAGCUUAACAGGUGAUUCAAAGCAGAGCUUAAAUAAAGAAUGGAAUGUCUUUAAAGAAUAUUGUCAGGUGGUGGUGUGGUUGCUCGAGAGCAAACAGGCAAGACUCCAACCUGUCUUUUCCAGGCUUUAUUAUUAAUACAAACUAUUUACAGUGCAGAGCGUCGCAAGUCCAUGUCUGCUCGCUAGCAGAAUCUGGGAGUGGGCGGUCCUUGUACCUCCCCCAGCAUAACAGUUGUGUGACCCCCAUCCUUCUCCUCCCCUCUCUGCGCCCAAACCGACUGCGCAGAGUGGGCGCUGGCAAAGGGGGACUUGCCUCCCCUCCGCUUUGCUCAGGCUCAGUGUUGGGGCUCUCCCUAGCAUCUCCUGGUCCCUGCGCCCCUUCCCCACUGGGGGCGGGGCUUUCCUCCUCGCCAGAGGAGGAACUGCUUCAUAACGGAGGCUCCCUGUAACACAACUGCCCUUCCACCUCUCGCCUCUGAGCUGAUGGCAGUUCCCUGACAAAUAUUUACAGCUACAUUGUAAAAAUGCUUUGACGAGUCUAGGCUGAACCUUGCAGGACAAUAUGAAACACAAAUAAAUUAAGUGAUAAUUAAAAUUAAGAAGUGAUAAUACAAAGUGUGAAAUCGAAAGGGAAGCCUAGAAAACAUAGUGGGAUGAAUGGAAGUCAAAGGAAUAUGUGAUGCUUUUUCUUGUUUGUUUGUUCUUUAGUGUUGUUACUGUAGUGUUUUGUGGUUUGUUUGUUUGUUUGUUUGUUUUUAAAGUAUUGUUUCAAUAAAGUAUUAAAACAACAACAACAACCAAACGAAUGCAUCACCUGGAGUGCUGGAUAGCUUCCUGCCGGUGCGUUUGCACCAAGCUGGUCUUCGCAUCCCCUUGCCCCGCUGCCCACCUCACAGUAAGCAGCAGUGCAAACAACGGGAAGUCAGUGGUGCCGGGCAUACUAUGGACUUAGGUCAGCUACCUGAGAGACCACGUUCCUCAUGCAAACCAGCCUGGGCUCUGAGAAGGGGAGGCCCUUCUCUCAGUCCUGCCCCCCUGACAGGCCCGCUUAGUGGAUGGAGGUGUGGGAGAGGGUCUUCUCUGGGGGGGCUGCUCCCAGACUCUGGAACGCCUCCUGGAGAAGCCAGAAUGGCUUCCUCCUGGCUGUCCUUUCGUCAGCUGGUGAAGAACUGAAUGUUUUUGAGGAAAGGGCUGUUGCUGUGAUUUGUUGUGUUUGUAAUUAUCUGUAUUUUUAAUAGAUCUUUUAUAUUAUUUUAAAUCUAUGUGUUUAAUUGCAUCUUAAUGAUUUUAUUUUCUGUUUUUAGCUUGUUUAAUAUAUCUGUGUAAGACACCUUGAGGCAGGAUAUUAUUAUUAUUAUUAUUAUUAUUAUUAACAACAACAACAACAAAUACAGUGGUACCUCGGGUUAAGAACUUAAUUCGUUCUGAAGGUCCGUUCUUAACCUGAAACUGUUCUUAACCUGAAGCACCACUUUAGCUAAUAGGGCCUCCCGCUGCUGCCGCUUCGCUGGAGCACGAUUUCUGUUCUCAUCCUGAAGCAAAGUUCUUAACCGGAGGUAAUAUUUCUGGGUUAGCAGAGUCUGUAACCUGAAGCGUAUGUAACCUGAAGUGUAUGUAACCCGAGGUACCACUGUACAUGAAUGAAUGAAUGAAUGAAUGAAUAAAACUGAGCCCAUGGCUUGCAGGAAGGAAGGUGUCCUGAUCUUAUGCCUCUUAGUAACGUAAGUACAACUCCCCACAUCAGCCUGAAGCAAGAGUUUUAAUGUGGUUUCCUUCUUGCAAAAUACUGGCCUAGUCUCUUUCUUUUGUUCCAAAACAGAUGGAGGAAAAAGUGAUUGCUAGUGGCAUCUUCCGCGGGAAGAAGGCUGGCUAUGCCCAGAGUCUGAAUGAACCGUUUCUUGAGACCAGGCUAAGUGAGUAGACCAGAAAGGGCAAGGCUGGUUGAGGAUUUGGUUCACUGGAGGCACAAGACCUGACACACACAUUGUGGGCUCCUCCUUUGCAAGGAAAUGCAAAUAUGUAAGGCUACACAAGCAGAGGAGAAUGAAAGCUUAAAAGCCUGAUUUCCUAACCAAACUUUUGCAUAGCUAAGGCAUCUCUUAGGAAGAGUCGCCCUGGAAACAGAAGAGAACUUGGAGCUAGCUUACCUGAGCAGACAAACCCAGGGUCCUUGGAAUGAAGGUUGGCAGAGACUGGUGUCUUUAGGCUAUAUGGUUUUAUUUGCCCAUAUAUACAACCUGAUCAGAGGAUAGAAGGGCUCCCAGCAUUAACACCCUAGCAGACCUUGCUUCCCCGUUAGUCACAGCUUGGGGUCCAGCACAGAGCAAGCAGGUCUCUGUGUCUCCAAACUGCUUCCGGCUCUCCCACACAACUCUGCCUUUUGUUCUCCUCCCUAGCAGUUUGUGGGGCAGAGGAAAGACCCGCCCAUUCGCUUGAUGGCAUGGAGCAACUUACUUGGUUGUGCUUCACAUUUUCUUCACAUGUAGUCAGCCACAACCACUGCCUAGGCAGAGGGACUGGUUUAGCAGGCUUGCUCUUACACCUUCUACCCCCACAGAUACAGAACCCAAGAAUUGGAAGGAACUCAGGGUGUCAUAGAGACUGAGCCCCCCCCCCCCAAACUCACAGCAGUAAUCCUAUACACAAAGAAUUCUGGCCUGGGAUGCUUUUAGCAAACAAAAACAGGUAGAGGAGAAAGGCAUGAGAGCUGCUUCUGCGAAACAUCAGUCUAGCUGGGUUACAGACAUUUAACUUUAACUGGUACAUAAUUAAAGGGUUUGAUACAUAUUUUAAAAGCUUUAUAUGUACAGUGGUACUUAAUUCGUUCCGGAGGUCCGUUCUUAACCUGAAACUGUUCUUAACCUGAAGCACCACUUUAGCUAAUGGGGCCUCCCGCCACCGCUGCACGAUUUCUGUUCUCAUCCUGAAGCAAAGUUCUUAACCCCAAGUAAUAUUUCUGGGUUAGCGGAGUCUGUAACCUGAAGCGUCUGUAACCUGAAGCAUAUGUAACCCGAGGUACCACUGUAAUAAGAUUAAUGUAACAAAGAAUAUCACAAGCAUAAAUGUGUCAACAAUCAUUGACUUAAUAGGUUUGUGGGCUCUGGUAUUUCAGCCCCCUUAUUUGAACCGUGCAUUUUAAUUGUGCCAGGGGAGGGUUGAGGGGAUGCUGAGUUCAGAGAUGGAGCAGCUGAUCAAGGCGCAAGUUGUUUUGUCACUGAGGCAAAAAUUAAUCCCAGAAGCACCUCUCCUUCCUGCCUUCAGCAGUAUAAAUAUUACAAUAUGUAAAUAAAUAGCAGUUUCUGCCCUUCCAUAACAAUCAACUUUGCCUAAUGGUAGAGCUGGUACUGACUGUGAUAUGUGUUUUGUUGUGCCAGAGGCAGCCUAAAAUCUCUCCCCGAGAUCAGUUUCCUUUCCUUGCAUGUCUCUUUGUGGCUCCCCACUUUUGUGCCGGGACUGUGACCCUUGCUCUUUCCUGUGUUCCUAGACGAGAGCGAGUUGAGCCCCAAAGUCCUGCAGCUGAUCCGCCACGAGAGAGUGAAGGUGAGGGCUGGGGUGCAUGGGGCAAGGGCAGGCCAACCUGCACAGUGGUCCUUGAAUGGUGUGUGACUAAAGCUGUGACUCUCAGGCGAAGCCGCCUCUGCUUCUAAGACUCGCCUCGUGGUUGCUUUUCAGUAUGUGACGCCGGUGGUGAAGUACGACCGGAAUGGCUUCAAGCCCCGAGAGCGGCUGCUGGUUCUGACGCGUGUGGCAGCUUAUGUGGUGGAGAUGGCCAAGAUCAAGCAGAGGAUUGAGUACGCCACCCUCGGAGGUAACAUCCCUGCUGUCCUUGGGCAACCCUUUCCCUUCCCCGGCAUCCAGCCAAGUGAGAUGGGGAGAGACCCACCCAUUUGCCUCCUUGGCAACAGAGCAACCUGUUUGGAUAGCAUAAAUGGCCUGGUCAGCCAAGGCCAUCCCUCUGGCAAAGGAACUGGUUGGGCUGGUUCAGCAGUCUCUUCUAGCAAAGAGCCUGAAAGGGACCCAGGUUGACCACCCCCUCCCCCACCUCAUAACAGUCCUUUCUUGCAGUCUGUCAAAUGGCCCAUGUGAGGGAGAGGAAGCAGUAAAGAAUGAAACUCAGUUCUGCAUCCAAGCACACAAUAAAAUCUACCUGCCAGGCUUCUUUGCAGCUUGGCAAAGAAAGGCAGUCCUUCCAAAUUUUUCUAGCAAGUGACUUUGUUUUGCAUUCUUUUUCCAAGGCCUUUCUGCCAGCAGCUUGGGCGACCAUAUCUUAGUCAUCCAUGUUUCAGAAGACAGCAAACCAGAGAAGGUAGCAGUUUCUCUUUACCCGCCCAUGGUGUGUGUUUGCGUGUGUGAAAUGCAUGGAAAUAAAACAAGCUAAGGAGCAAAAGGAACGCCUUACUUUCAGACAGUGGAUGCCUGUGAUACAGCUAAUCAUUAUCAGAAGAGAAAGGCAUGACUUUGAAUAAGUGUGGGGAGAGCACUCGCGUCUUGCUCUUAUUAUUAUCAGGGGGGCCACUGUGAAAACAAGAUGCUGGGCUAGAGGGGACCCCUUUGGCCUAAUUCAGCCCAGGCCUCCUCUUCUGUACUCGUGAAAAGUUAGCUUAUCAGUUUUUAUUUUCCUUAGUGGUAGGAUAUGGGGCUGCACACCAAACUACAUGAGAUUAAUGAAUUGUUUAAGGUAGCUAGGAAAAAUGGCUUUGCAGAACAAAAGUAUGUUUUCCAAAGUCCUAUUAGAUACAAAUAUAAAAGUAUUAUAAAAAAUGUACAAACUGCUGUUGGAGCAGGAAACUAAAGAGGAAUUUGUGAAAUCGAGCAUGAUUAAGUGGACACAAGAUGUGGGUCACAGUAUUGAUUAUGAAUUAUGGGGAAAGUUGUGGAAAAUAAAUAUGAGUUUUAUGGCAUGUUAUGUGCUAAAAGAAAAUGUGAUGAAAAUGUCCAACAGAUGGUAUUUAACACCCAUCAGAUUGGCAGAACUGUCUAAGAGUUUACUACUAUACACCACGACUGCAGCUAGAACCUUAUUGGCACAAAGGGGGAGAACAAGUCUAGUACCCACUAAGGAAGAAAAUGUUUGAAUUUGCUGAACUGGUUGGUCUGACAAACGGGAUAAGAGAAAACAAAGAUCAGGAAUAUAAGGAGGAAUGGAUAAAGUUUAUUUACUAUUUCAAAAAACAGUAUAGACAAAUUCAUAGUUUGCAGGUCUCAAGUAAAUCCAGCAGAUUUGAAAUACAGUAUUUGACAGAUAACAAAUUGGAUGAUUAAAAAUAUGUGGAUUACACGGAGUAGUAAAAGGUAAAGGUACCCCUGCCCGUACGGGCCAGUCUUGACAGACUCUAGGGUUGUGCGCUCAUCUCACUCUAGGGGCCAGGAGCCAGCGCUGUCCGCAGACACUUCCGGGUCACGUGGCCAGCGUGACAAAACGCCGUUUACCUUCCCGCUAGUAAGCGGUCCCUAUUUAUCUACUUGCACUUUUGACGUGCUUUCGAACUGAUAGGUUGGCAGGCGUUGGGACCGAGCAACGGGAGCGCACCCCGCCGCGGGGAUUCGAACCGCCGAUCAUGCGAUCAGCAAGUCCUAGGCGCUGAGGUUUUACCCACAGUGCCACCCACGUCCCAACACGGAGUAGUAGAAAAGCAAAAGGAACCAGGAAAAGUGUGGAAGAGAAGUCAUAUGGUAUAUGUAUAAAUGUGGUAUUUGGUACGAAGUUGUAAGUGGGACGGGGGGAGGGGGAUUAAAUAUGCUCUAUGUUCCUGUUUUAGAAAAUGCGAAGAAAGAAAAAAGAAUUUUCCUGCCACACCCUUUGAGAACCACUGGUAUAGGGACAUGUUUAGCCCAAGUGCAUUUUUUUAUUUUAUUUUUUGCUUUUGAAAAGUGUUAUCAACCUCUUUGUAUUCAAUUUUCAAAUGCAGCUGUCUGAUCAUAACACAGUGGUGAAAGGGGAGUUUCUCCUUGAAUGGAGAGCCCUGCCUGACUCCAUUUCUUGCUUCCAGGGAGACGCCAUUCUGCAGUGUGAGCACUUUUUUGAGACGGUCACAAAACUCUGCAUUCUGGCCCACAAGCAGAAUGUCUCGGUGGUCCAGGGAAGGUGGGUCCCUCACUCUUCUGAGGCCUUUGCAUUUGCAAAUGAAUGAAAUCAUGGGAUUGAUCGUUCUUAAGCAUCACCCACAUCUGUUGACAUAGGAAGCACAGGCCUGCUUAUCAGCCUGAAUUUCACACUCCAUGUAUUUAAAGCAAAAACCCAGGGGACUAUUUUGAAGAGGCUGUUCUGAUGCCACAUUGGGAAGGAUACACCACUGAAUUAGGAAGGGCAGGAGAGGCCUGGUGCCUUCAUAGCCCAGAAGUGGGCUUCUGGGAAGCAUCUGAACAGCCACUGGGGGGAUUCUGGCCUGAUGCCUCUGACAUCCUUGUCCCAGUGCAGGUGGCUCAGAAAAACCACUUGGGUCCCAAAUGAAAUAUCUGAGACUGCCUCCUUCCCUCUAGGCCCUUUCGGGUGCUAAGAUUGGCAGAGGAGCCCCUCUUGGUAGUUCUGCUGCCCUCAGAACUGCAAGGGGAUGGUGGUUGUAACCCCAGGAGAGGGCCUUCUCUGUGUCAGCCCCCAAACUGCAGAACUCCCAUCCCAUUGAAGUGCAACUGGUCCCUUAAUUGUACAGCUUUCCAUGACUGUUGAAGACACACCUGUGUUUUUGGGACCCACUUCAAUUCCUGGCAGUGGCUCUCCAGGGACUUAUCAGCCUUAUUAUUUCUGCAUGGAGAGCAGGUCUUCUCUCCCUUCCCUAGAGGCCAGGAUGGUGGUUUUGCACCUAAGCCUGGUGGGCUUGUGAAUGUCAUUGCUGGUGUUUCUUUUUUGUAGCCUCCAGUUCCAAAUCAGUUCAGGGAAAGAAGGAACAAUGGUUUUCACCACUGGGCAGGAUGCUCAGGUCUACAAAGCCAAAAAUGGACAACUGACGGUGGUAAGUCCUUUGCAAUGACUGUGGCCCUUUUUCUACAGGCAAAGAACUGGAUGCUGAAGGAAUGACUAGCAAAGCAGAUUUAGGGGCCUAAAUGUUGUAGCUGGAGUGAGGUUUUUGCAGGUAACUUGGGGUGGUGAGCAGACCAGUGUAGGAACAUUGCAAGUGAGUGUCUAGAUAACCAAGAGGAAUCCAAUUAAACCCAGGUAUAGUGUCAGACCAGACCAUCAUGAAGCCAAGCAAGCUUUCAAAAGUCCCUUGGGUAUGUUUAAGUUGGCCUUGCUUGAAUAAUUGCAUGUGAAGCUGCCCCCUAGGCCAGACGGUGAGGCUGCUUGUCCACCUAGCGUAGGCGACAAGGGCUGGAAAUGUCAGGUGCUGAGCCUUCUACCUCCCAGGCAGGUGUGCUGCCCCCUUAUUUGUCUGUAUUGAUAAUCCGUUUGUGAUUUUCCAUGCUGAUGAGCUGUAACCUUUGUGCCCAUCCCUCUUUGGAGUCUGAGGCUCAAACUACAGCUUCUUCCCUUGAAGAAGGGAACAGCUUCUCUUUCUCUCACCCAGCUGUUUUGCUGGACAUCCAGCAAAGCUGAAUGUUGGAAGAUUUAGGAGACAGAUAAAAGAAAGGACUUCUACAUGCAGCACAUAGAUAGACUGGGUCAAAUUCUUGGAGUAGAAGGCUAUCAAUAGCCAUGAAUCAUGAUGUCUGCGCACUAUGUCCAGAAUCAGAGGGGACAGUCCUCUGAAUGCCAGUUGCUGGGGAUCGUCAGUGAGGAGGAGGCUACUAUUGCCUUCACGUCCUGCUUGGGGGCUUCUUCUCUUUGGGGCAGCUGGUUGAUCCCUCUGAGAGCAGGAAGCUGGAUAAAAAGGGCCACCUGAUCUAGCAGGCUCUUAGAUUUUCCUUCCUCAUCCACACAGUGGAUGAUUUAUAAUAGGCAAGAUUGUCAAAACAUGCUUUUAUUUCAAGGCCGGUGCUUUCUAAAGAGAAACAUCAAAAGUAGAUCAAUCAGAUCAAAGGUCCAUCCAGCCCAGCCCCCCGUUGCUCGUAAAGAAGUUUUUUAAAAUCAAUUUUCAUCUUUAAACUAUUUAAUAUGCUUGUAUUGAGAUAUAUAUUUGUUUACAUUAGAACAUACAACAUGCAACAAUUAUAUGUUAAAUAUUAAAUAUUAAAAAUAAAACCGCAAUAAACACUCGGAUAAAUGUUUCUGAAUAUAAUAACAAAGCUGUGUCAGAGUGUCUAUACCAAAAUUAUUACAGAUAUGAUGUAUAGCAGUACGUAUUGCUUUGAUUGGCGACCAUAAGUAAAAUGUACCGGUAUUUUGUAUCAACAACAAUUAGAAUUUAUAGGAAUUUAUAGGGCAUGAAUUUCCUUUUAAAAAGCCAGAUCCCUUAGUUGCCUGUCAGCUCCCCUUUGUCCUUUUGGUGGGAAUCACAGAAUUGUAGAGUUGAAGGGGACCCUGAGGAUCAUCUAGUCUAACAUCUUGCAGUGCAGGACUCUCAAGUAACAAUGCUUCUGUUUAGGCAGGGGCUGCAAAAUGAGAAGGGAGCCAUCUAAAAUUUUUUUUUAAUCUUUCUAUGUUUAAAUCCAACAGGUAUCACCCAGAAUAACAUCCUGAUGGAAGCACAUGUUCCACCUUUGCCUGUUAACUGCUGAUGUUCGAAAGAGAAAGUAGCCCAAACUCCUCUGUGGAGAGGAGCAGAAUCCAUAUUAUAAUUCUGAUGCUUACAAAGAGUGUUUUGAUGCCAUAGGACUGUUGCAGAUCCCAUGACUGACUGUAUGAAUACUCCCAAUAACUGGCUAUAUUUUUGUGAUAACUUGCCUCUAAUCUAAGUCAGCAGUUACAGAUUUCCUUAGAUUUCCUUAAUAGAUCCAAGUGGGGAAAGCCUCAGAAAAGAAUUGCACCUUAGAAGUGGAGGAGGAAGUUCUACACUCUGGAAAAAGUAUUCUUCCCAUUACAGGGCUGGAAGCGUAAUGGCAAUCUGUAAAGCUGAAUCCUACAGCCUGGAGAAAUGCGAGGCAGGCAGCUGUUGUCCCUUAGGGUUUGGGAACACAGCUCUCCUCAUUUUUCUCUGGCACUGUUUUUUGGGGGAACCUUGAGAUCCCUGCUGCUGCUUGGGCAGCCACAGGCCCACCGAAGGGAGAUGCGGUGGGGUGGGGGGGAAGGUUCUGCAGUCGAAAUCGUGCCUCCAUGUUCCUUUCUAUACUAGCAACAUGUGACUGUAAGUGGCAAUGUGAAUUAAAAAGACUAAGAGAAACACGGCUUUGAAAUGAUCUUGUAGGGUUUUUUGUUUUUGUUUUUUAAAAAGAACUAGUUCCUGACUGGUUUUAAAGCCUCCUUCUAGCUCUGUCUGAAAGCCAAGUAAGGUGGCCAGCUGAGGCUUCUUCUUGACCAGUCACCUUUCUGUUACAUGUGGAGCAGGAAUGGGGAGAAAGGCACACUUGCCAAAUUUGCAACUCCUAAACCAGUAUGUAAACUGAAACCCUCUUUACCUUUGAAAUCCACACUUCCCUGAAUGUUGAUCUGCAGUUCUUCAAUCAAUCAAGGAAUGUGUAUAAAAAUGCAUAUUGGUGAAAUUAAC